AUGCAGGAAUGUAUGCACUUGUGCUGCAACUCCAAAAAAUGUGACGUGGCCAUGAUGCAUGGGCCAAAAUGUUUUAGCGUGCAGUGUCUGAAUGAUUCUUCCUGCGAGACAAUUCCAGCUGACGGUGAAGACAUUGAUAUGCAGAUUGCUCAUAUGACAACUAAAGGAACAGGACAGCUAAGUAUGUGUUUACAUAGCCCCCUUGAGGCAUCGUAAAAUGAAUUAGGAUGGCUCUGCUUUGAAAACACCUCCUAACCUCUCUCUAGCCUAAUCUUUCAACUCUUAAAAGGUUAAUUGCUGAAGCUGGGGUAGUUUAUGUGAUCUUAUGAAGUAAUGGGCAAUAUUAAAUUAACGACACCAAAUGCAGCCACUUUUAUGCCAUCUUGGAUCGGAAAUAUUAGCAUAGUUUUAAAACUGCCAAAAUGGGGACAAAAUCUAUCAAAAUCAAUAGAACAAUGUCAAAAUGAUCGACCAAGUCAACAAGUGCACUUUAAUUUCCGCCUCAGCUCCUCUGUAUGAUGUACAAUGAGCCGUCAGGAUGCGAAAAAGAAUGUUUCAACUUGAUAUUGGAACUCGUCAAAGCAAACUGGAAAAAAGGGAGGCGUUUCGGAAUUUUUUAAAAAAGUGCCUUGUAGUAUUUGACUGACUCACCCAUUACUUUUUCUUGAUUUGGCAUAGUCUGUAAAGUUUGCCAAUUUUGCUGUAAUUUGACUUUUUUUGCAGAGAAUACCGUACGAUCCUUUUGGCGUGCGUGGUUUAUGACUAUAAGGCCAGCUCUCCACUGCAUGUUCUUUAACAUAACGCUUUUUCAUUUAAUGCCCUAACGUUUUCCAUUUAAUGCUUAUAUCUAACGUCAUUGCCUGAGAAAAUACCAUAACAUCGUCUUGGGGUCCCAAGAGAAACUGAAGACAAUGCUUAUGCAAAAUUUUGAGGCGACAAACAAAGAACAUUAUGGUAUGUUAUGUUAUUUUCUGGAGUGGCAAAUAGAGCGUGUCGUCGAGUCCAGGAUCUUUCGUAACUUAACUUGGCACAAAAAAAAUAGCGACUGAAUAAACCUUUUUCUCUACUCUAUGCAGCCGAGGCUCCAGUAAACGACAAUUUAGAUAGCUACGAUUCCGAAGCAAAGUGUCCGCACAACGAGAUCAUGUACAAUGUGAAGCUAAUGGGUGGAUUGAAAGCUGGGAAAUUCACUGACAUUGGCAAAGUUAAAAGUAUUAAAACAUGUAUCAGGUAAUCUACUGACUUGUACCUAGACAUUAAUAUACUGUCAGCCUUUCAUACAAUCAAAUGGCUCUACAGUCGACACUCUCUUUACGGACACCUCUAUGGGGACGAACUCCAAAAAAAAUGCACUUUUAUUUGAGUGUCAGUGUAUUUAGCACGAAAUUACUAAUUGGGUGUACUAUAUUUUACGUCUCCAACUGGAGACGGGACCGCCAUUUUACGUGCUCAUCCGAGCCAGGCGAGGGCCUAGCCUGUUGCAGUACAAAGGGAGUACCUUCAUUUCUCGGUUGUUUUAAGACCCUGAGUAUUGGUCCGGCCCCAGGAAUCGAACCCGCGACCUCGCGCUCUGCAGUCAAACACGCUCUACCGACUGAGCUAACACUGCCGCGGUUUCCUUGGUAAAACGAACACUCAGAGUUGGUCCCUGUCUUCCUUUACUUCCUUUAUUUGACUCUCUAUAAGACGGACAACGCUCUUAGACGGACACUUGGUGGCGGUCCCAAGUUAUCCGUCUUCGAGAGCGUUUACUGUAUAUAAGGUUGCGACAGAUAUUUCAAUGACAAAACACAUUACUAAAACAGAUAAAAACAUUACGGCUUUACUAACAGACAACUCAAUGAACCGAAACCUAACUGCCUAAUAAGGGAACUGAAGUCAAAUACCAUCACAACUGGUGAACUAUCGUAUUUAACCUACUAAUGACAUGAAUCCCAGGUUUAAACCUCUUCAAUUUUACUUUGAAAACUGAACACCGCAGGAGAAUAACAAAUAAAAGUAUUAAGUAAAAAGAUUAAAACGCAUUUGUCUUCAUUUCCACAUGAUUCACAGAAAUUCACAAUUGUUGGCGUGUUUAUAAAACGUUUCAUUUCUCUCCUUGAUAAGGUAUUGCUGUGAGUCCAAAGUGCAGCCAUGCGACCUGGCGUUUAUGAUAUCUGAUCGCUGUUACCUGGUGAAAUGCUUUUCGGAGGAGAGAUGUCAGGCGCUUCCCGCCAGGCCUGUAGACCACGCUUUUAAACAGAAAAUGGCGUUUGUAGCACCAUGGCUUUAUAAAAAGGGCAAAAAAGUCGGUAAGUAAAUGUUGCCAAUUUCGCUCAUGCGCAGACUCACCCAAAGUGCCUGAGUAGAACUUAACCAACCCAGCGUUUUGGUAGAGAGCUUUGCGUCAAGUUCUACCGACGUAAGGUAAAAGUGCUUAACCACAUGAAAAAAGGAAAAUUUCCAAGUGGCUUAAGGUCUGUAUCAAAAGUUCUCUUUCUAAUCCUAAGGCUAAGCUUCAAUUUUCCUCGCGACAAGACCAAUCAGAACUAUUAGCCAGAUCUGGUUUCUUCCCCUCACAAUGUAUAUACCAAUUUUAACCAAUCAGAAGCGGUGCCCAGAUCUGGAAAGUGACACGUCAUCCGUGUGAAUUUUCACCACUCGUUCCUCAGACGUCAGUUCGCGGGGAAACCAGUGGUGGCGUCGCGAAAUGUUGGCUGUUUUCUCAGGUCAAGACCAUCUUAACCAAGAAUGUUAUCACUCUAAGAUUGAUGCAAGCCGUUUGCUGACUCAGCCUCAUUCCUUUUCAGUAAAAAUCCCCUCCGGUCAGUCCCCGCAUCAUUUGCAGUGCAUUCAGAGCAAGCUCUACACUAAAUCUGUUCUAUUGGAUGGUCCAAACGCCGGACGCUUUACAGACGUGGGCCGAGUCUCUAACUCCCAUAUUUGUUCCCGCCUUUGCUGCGAGGAUCCUACCUGUGACUUGGCCUACAUGUUUAGCCGCACGUGCUUCCUUGUCAGAUGCAAUAGUGAGAAAAGCUGUCGUACUGUCCCGGAUGUAGAGGCGAUACGCUCAAACAGUUCAUUUGAUAGAUCUAUUCAGUACAUCGUUAAGCGACACUAUGGCAUCAGGCUCAGAGAUGGUAAGACCAACAAUAGUCAACUUUUUAUUGAUUUUCAAAGCAAAAUUUCAAGUACAAUAUAAUAAAUGAGAUUGAAACAAUCCUUUUUUUUGGCAUAGGCCAUUUUCUUGUUGACCCCUGCCUAUUUCAAAGCAAGGCUAAGUGCAAAGCCAUAUUUAUGAAAAUAAUGUUUAUUCUCGUGCAAAUAACUCAUUAACACGAAAAAGAUUUGCACUUAGCCUCGUUUUGAAAGUGAGGGAUUUAGGAACUAGGAAAUAGCCUAUUCAUUAUGUUUAAAAAUCAUGACCUCAUGCUGUCUACAGAAUAUGUUGUUUCCCCCUGUCUUAUAUGAAAAUUUCUUUCUUAUUCACAUUUUCCUCUUUCCAUUCCAUGCAUGUUUAUAACUGCUCACAAUUUAUAUUAUAAGAGACUGAGAGCCGUUAGCCUGCGAGCAAACUCCCUUGUGCGAGUUCGAGGAAAUAUUUGGAGCCGCCACCGCGCGAGGAAAAUCCUCGCCAAGAUUUUCCUUGAACUCGCACAGGUGAGUCUACUCACACAAGAGGCCCAUUAAAAACCCAAAUCAUCAAAAAAUGUCCAUAUUUUUGCAUCCAUUCCCUUCUUAAUUCUUUCCAUUAUUCAGAUGGUACCCCUGUAAUAAGAACAGACGAGAAUACGGAGGAAAUCUGCAAAUUAGACGGUGAGAUAAGAAACGAGACGGUUCUCAAAGCAGGCAUGCUUUCCGGCAAGCUGACUCACCACAAAGGCGUCAAGGACAUUACGUCAUGCAUUGAACGCUGCUGUGGUCACAAGAAAUGUCACGUGGCCAUGAUGAUGGCGGGAAAAUGUUAUUCAGUGUUUUGUACAGACCCGCAGUACUGUGAACCUAAGCCAGCUCCUUUGGAGACUCAUCAUACGAACCCUACAGUGGCGUAUGUUAAGAGAGGAGAUAUCAGCUUUGGUAAGACGUGUAUCUGCUUGUUAUUCAGCUUUGAUCUGGGCCCCUGUAAAUACCAGCCUAGCCAAUGAACUAGCCACCAACCUCUAACUAUACCCGCUCAUUCAAUCUUUUAUUCAUCUUCUUCUUAUUUAAAAGAGGAAAUGGUUGGUACUCGGCAGUGCAUACCAGGUUCUAAUACGCAUGUGUACACAGCCCUUCCUCCUUACCCAGGCAGUUCAUAUCUCCUACGUUUCCUUUCUCCAAACAAUGAGAAUGACACUGUAAUAAUGAUAAUGUUCACAGUGUCUUUUGUUUAUCCUCGGCAGUAUUUAUAACACUGAUGCUAGUGAUGCAUUUACGGAAAACAGAGUUAAACAUCCCAACUGACCGGAGGCAAACCAGUUGGUUAUUUACAAGCGGGACUAUCGAGCACAAAUCUAGCCUGUGUACAGACCCCUCCCCCCCCCACCCUCCCCCCCCUCAUGAGUUUUCCGAUUUUUCCUGAGGGUAAGGGGGGGGGUCUGUAUACAGGCUAGAACAAAUCCAACCAGCCGUCAGGGCAGGACUUGAACUCGGGGCUUCCGAAUUCAAGCGCACAAACCUCUCGGCAACGGUGCUUCCCUCGCUGUUGUUUAAAGCAAGCGCUUCUGCGUCUGUUCAUAGCUAACAUUUGCAGUUUUUCUAGGCCCUACCAUUAUGCCCUGUGUAAAUAUCAGUAACUAUCCACGCGAACCUUAAGGCGUUAUUUCGCUUCCAAACCUCACGCCUUCGUCAAGUAAACACUUCCUUUCCAACAGAGUACAUCGCAAAGCCCUAGGGGGACUGGGUAAGAGGGCUAAAAAGAUAACUGCCACCCUUCCUCUCCACACUCUGAAAAGAAACUAAUUGAAAAGAGCUUUUUUGAUAACACUUUUUUAAUUACAGCUCCAAAACCCAAGCCAGAAGGUGUAAUGCCUUUAAUUGGAAGAUUCCAUCCAAAUCUUGAAGAAAACGUAGAAGAGGAGUAUGUCGAGACAGAAGACAAAGAGGCUGCAGAAAGCGGCAGCGGAGAAAUGAGCAAUGGUGACCAAACAAUAAAGAACGAUACAAUACAAUAUGAAAAAGAAGAAACAGAAGAAAGUAUGUGCUCAUUUAUACCAAAUUCAACCAUGAUUGCUUAGGCACGAUAUUUGGGCUUACGGAAAUCACUGCAAUGAUUUGUUUGAGUGAUCCGCGCCAAACAAUAGCUUCCCAGUUUGCAAUUGCCCAAUGCCAACAGCAACUUUUACUGAAUGAGGCAUAUGUAUGACAUUGACCGUUAGACACAUAUUUGAGAGUACUUUCCCCCGCGAAUAUAGAAGCUCCGGCGACCAGCGACUCUGUGCACGUGUCUGUGCCCAUCCGAAGUAUAAAUCGCAGAAUACGAUAGCGGCUCCCUUCGUAAAAACGUGCCUGCCUCGUUCCUGUGGUCUCAAGUGUGUUUUGAAAACGGAAAACGAGACUGCGGGCGAUAGAUCGCGCAAUGGACCAUAGGAACGUUUAGCGUUGGAGCAAAGGACGCUGGAAAGGACACCUUUCCCAUGAUACCUAGCGCGGAACCUAUAAUAGCUCCAGUCGCCUUCGAAUCGCUCUACAAUCCGCUAGAAAUCGCCUGGGUACGAGGCAGAAAACGUGUUGAGAAUUAUCUGAAUGCAGAUCAUAACUUUUCUGAAUAACAAGUUGAAAUCACUAACUCAAUGAACUACUCAAUGAUGUUUACCUAGUCAGUUGUUCAUUAGUUAUAUCCCUAUAUAAAAUCUCAGUGACUUUAACCUGAUUACAAACCUCCUUUAACUUAACUCGUUGCUAAACAAAAAUAAAAAUGAAUUGAAAUGUUUUUUAGGUAGUAGUGAUGAGUUGCAAGAUGAAAGCGGAAGUGGGGAGGACGCUGAUAGUGGGUCUGGGGAGAGCGGAAGUGGUAACCUUGAAGGAGAGCAAUCUGGGAACGACACUAGUGGAGAAAGCGGAGAAGAGAGUAGCGGUGAAAGCGGAGAAGAAGAGGAUAGUGGAGAUAGUGGAAGCGGAGAAAGUGGCGAAGAAAAAGGAGACCAGACGUUCUGAAAGAAGAAAAACAAAAAGAACCUCAAUUUCUGAGACCUCUUAGCUUUUAAAAUGGCUCAUAUUAGUGAUAAGUUGUAAUGAUCAUUCCAGACAAACAAGAGGUAUCAUCCAGGGAUGGAAGUGUAGCCAAUAGCUCAAGCGAGGCCAGUAAGGGGGUAGACGUGCAACGUUGGGAGCCCCCGUGUAGUUUUUUAAAUUAGCAGUUGACAAAAACUUAAGAGCGAGCAGAAGUUGGAAUCGUAAUGACGGAAGUGGCUACGAACAAUUGAUAUUCUAACGACACUGACAAGAAAUCGAGAUAUUGGCGGUUGUAAAAUGACCCAGUUUUGCUUUAAAAAGCUCACUUGUUUUGUUGCAUGACAAGACUUCACAUAUACUUACUUGGUACAGAAACUUCAAGUGUUUAAUCCUUUCUGCUUUGGUUUCGUGGCGAAACAUUUUUCAUUUUUAUUUUUUAUCUUUCUUAGUUAAAACUUAAAAUACAACUCUUGUCGGGCACACCUACUUUAACUCCAUUUUCGAAGCUGUUAUUACGGAGCUAGAUAUCUAGUUUGAAUUGAAAGCGAACAACAACAACUUUCGAUAGCCGGAGUGUAAUCAUUCUACUUAACAAACGUACUUGUGAUUACUUGUGAUUUUGUACAAAGUGAAUAUUGUGCGACAAUCUAGUGACGGGACAUCAAGAAAAAUGCCAUACGUUUUUGUCAAUGAACGACCCAUAACACCCACUGUUAUGCAAACCAUGUAAGAAUGCCGUAAUUUUGAGCUCAACAGAGAGGGGACGUGUAUGACGUUACGUCACCAUCGUAGCAAAAUGUCUGGAUCUUUCUUGACAGAGGCAGCCAUUGCAUUGUCUAAUGUUUAAAAAUAAGUAUGGGCUACCGUUUAGUGCCUCAAUUCCCGGAUGCAACCAUGCACAGGAAAGUAAUGCAUGUCAAUCUUUUGAUAAUAUUUGCAGGACCACGCUUUGUUGCGACCCAGAAAUUUUGCUACCAUGGCAACGUGACGUAAAGACUUCUCAUACCUAUACUACACUCUUUCGGGAGGUUUCUGUAGGAUAGGAACUGUGUGAAGUAAAAUGGGCGGCGUCAGAAUCUAGAGUCAAUUUAUCCUAGGUCUAUUAAUUUUAAACGGCUAUGAGGCUUUAUUUUUAAUACAAUAGAAAUUGUGAAUAAAAUGAACGAUUUUGUAAAUAUUGGAAAUUAAUCUUUUACACAACUUGAUGUCAUUUAUUUCUAAAUGAUCUGCAACACGAACGGCCAAAAGCGCGUACAUCAGUAAAAUUUUACUCGGAGCAAAUAUAAUCCACAUGGUCUAAUCUUUCUUCGUCCACUUCUAGUACUGUUCUCAAUGGCGCUGCGAUGCUUAAAACUUUGCCUAAAACCAGCGCUCAGUGUUCAUUGUUAUUUUGAGCCCGCCGAGAGAUAAAUGUCGAUUGAGAAAAAGCAUCUUUGUUAUUUCUCCAUUUAAGCAUGUAGUUCUAUAUAUUAAUAUCAGUUCUAUAAAAUGGCAUAUCUCUGUAGUGAAUUUCACCUUUGUAUGAUAUUUAGCCUAUCUUUUUACAGAUUCGCUACAACCAUAGUCUGCUACACAGCCGUUUUUAGUGUCGUCACGCAACGCUCCUUCAGUCACUGGGGAGAAGCGUUGCGUGACGACACUAAAAACGGCUGUGUAGCAGACUACUACAACUAGGGACAAAAGGAGUUUAUCUACUGACCUAAAACGCGCGCUUUUAUCAACAAUUUCUUUUAAUUAUAUUCAACUCUGUUUAAAGGCCGUAAAUCCCCCUUCUCAAUGAAUCAAUGUUGUUUGUAGUUGAAGAAAAACUUAAGGGUUUAAAAUACAACAUCGAUUUUGGGGGAAGAGGGGAGGUACAAAGGCGGCCAGGAGGGAUAGAGAUGUCUACUAUGCAAAACGGGUGCUAUUUUAGGGAAGUGCCUCAACAUCUUUGUCUCUCAUUGUAGUUACCCUCAUCGACAUUAUCUGUAUUCCUGCCAAAAUAUUCACAAUAUUGCCGUCAAUAUUACUGCGAUGUUGUUGUAGUUCAGUUUUAUUCUUGACUAUAAUCUGCAUCACUGUGUCCAAAUUGGCGAGGAAUGUCGUUAACCUAAAUUCUCAACUUUUAAUCAGUGGAACACAAAAAUGAAUACCACCAAAAGAAAAAAUUGUAAGAAAAAUACGAGUUUAGCUCUUCCAAUAUUUUUGUCCACUAACCGCUAUUGGCUCUAUUGCAAGUAUAUUUCAACCUAAUUUUAACCUCAAGCAAAUGUAGAUGAUUGCUUUCCUCAUUGCGUUGCUUUUAAGGCACACUUUUCGAAGAAGAAUUUCAUGAAUGGAAUAAAUUCUUAGAGCGACAAGUUCUUUCCCUCAUUCGCGCAGGAUCAGUAUUAAAAUACUUCGAUUCCUCGAUAUAACAAAGUCUCUUUAUGAUUUUGUUGCCAUUUAGAGAAUCGCGAGCGCAAAAGUCUGUUUGAGUUUUUGUUUGUUUGAUUCGUGUCUUUUUUUCCGCAAGGAAAGUUUUUGAUUGUUUGUUUUGUUGCUUGUUUUGAUUUUAUUUGCUUGUUGUUGUUGUUUUUUUUUUUUGCGUUGUUUCCGCAGAGAAGCGAGAUGGGUAUUUGAAGUUUCGCUGAAUCAUUCUCCGGAUUAUAAAACCAACCAUUCAACGUCACCUGACGUUAGACACGUGAUUUUGAGAAAACAGUUAUCUUAUAGUUAUGUCUUAGACAAUUAGCGUAAACUCGAUUUGAAGCUUGCUAAGCUCUAACCUUUCGUCCUGAUAGGAUCAAAAAGCCUGAAAUUUAAGACUUGAGGUUUUUACAGCGAUUCAAAGUAGAGUUAUACUUUCCUUGACCUGUCGAAGAGAACUCAAAACAGUAAUUUUUGUUGAUAAUUAUGUUUAAUUUCAUGCAAUGAUGAAGUGCUUAUCGCGUUCUUAACAUGGAGAAAUACCUUUUUGCUUUAUUUGUUCCGUCUUUCUUUCAAACACGCAAACACAAAAAGCAACUAGAUUUUAUUUAUAAAAAGGCGUUUAUCUUUGUCCGUGUCAUCUAAAACACAGGUGUCUUGAGGUACCAGUUCAUGACUGAAUCCCUACUGUAGCUUCCCUGAAAUUCCUCUUAUAUGACGGUAUGCUUGUGUUUCUAGUCACAUCAAAAAUAUCCCAGCAAAUUUUGCACUUUCUAGUCACGUGAGUCCAACUCGGGGCACGAUUGGCCAACCAUUAAAUCAAUGAUGUAAUUUCACUCUAUUGUUCUGAGAAAUGGAGUCCGGUUCCUUAACCCUCAAAACAAAGGAAUACAUUUUAUCAUGGCAAAAAGUUGAAAAAAUGACAGAUUUAUUUUUAUAAACCCCUUUUUCUGAAAUUCUUAGUUUUUAGAAUAUUUGAAACGAUGGUACGCUGUGGCUGACGAAAGGCGCGAUGAGGAAUCGACUGCAUCUCUACUAUCGCGCUGUGUUGUUAUGCAUCUACGCGCUUUGUAAAGGUAGGCUAACUUUAUAUUUUGCAUUUCAGUUUUACGCAGUCAUCCAGUUGUGUGUGCUUGAAAUGACGUUUGACUAAUACUUCGUGUGUAUCAUGUCUACAAUAGUCGUGGGAUCAAACUACCUAGAAAGUUGUAAGAAAACACUUGUUGAGGAGAAUGUGACGCUAAAGGGAGGUAUCGGAGCGGGCACAUUCAGGAUAUUGGGAAAAGUAACAAGCAUGGAUUCGUGUAUUGAACUUUGUUGCAAAACGUCGACUUGUGAUGUGGCGUUCCUAUCUGCGGCUAAAUGUUACGGAGUCGAGUGCGUUAGCGAUGAAGAAUGCAAGUCCACAGCGACUGAUACAUCGGAUAUUAGGGUCCUUAUUGCACAUGUGAGAACGGGCCAUAAAAAAGGUUAGUGACCGAACAGGCCGUAGAAAUACGAGUUAGCUUUGAAGUUUUUGCAUUCUCCUGUUGGCUUAAGUUGCGGGCAACUUGGACUAUUGAGAAAACAGAGUCGUUUGCAGGAAAAUUAAACAUUAUAUCGCUUCUAAAAGGAAUUUAGUUGGUAAUUCUUGACGUGGCAAUACGAUGGAUUUUAAUACGCAGAGAUAUCUUAUCCUAACCAGUCAUGUUAACGGCUCGUUUCUUAGGUGAACUUUUCAUUGGUAGGUCUGCGUUAGAUUAAGAUGCGUUUGAGGAAUGAUUAGUUGGAUGGGCUAAAUUUCAGUGGAGCGAGAGAUGAUUUCCACGGCGAUUAAGUUCAUUAAUCUUUGAUCGCUUUCGGAUUUGAAAGCCUGGAGGGACUGAGCCAGCCACCCGGUGUGGAAGAAUUGAAAGAGCAGGUUGUUAAACAAUUAUAACGCGAAAAAAAAUCUUUGCUGAAAAAGAAAUUACUUGACAUUUUGACAAUUGCAUCUUUUACUGUUCACUUAUUUGCUUUACAAUAGUUUGACAUUUUCAUUCCAGAACCGUUAUCGUCUAAAUUUUGCAGUUUCAAUGCAAAUAAUGGUUUUUUUUUUAAGGUCCUCCUAUUAUAGCAUUAGACAAUAUCAAUUCAUUUGUAUUCACUCUUCGUCUAGUAUGGCGGAUAUUAGCAGAAAACGAUUUUAAAUCCACAGAUAUCAUGUUUUUUAUUUAUAACGUAAAAGCCUUAGUUCCAAUUCCCUCCGCAAAUCAGUAGAUGAAUUGUACGACGUGAUCUCUGCUUAUUGGCCUUUCCGCCAUAACUUCAUAACUUAAAUCGCUUUAAAUUGACUGAGAACGAAUAAGGUUAAGCAGAUUAGUUAGUUUUAACGCAUUCAGGCACACACAACAGAAUUUUAAAGAGUAAAAAAUCGCUGCUAAUAGUUUUAAAAGACCUUAGAUCUCAAGAGAGUAGUUCGUUUGCUGACUUAUUUAGACCCUCCAAAACUCUGCCAUGCCAGCUUUUACUUACAAAAAAAAAAUGCUUUGGGAGUAUGCUAAAAACAAACAGAAAACUGAAAGAUGGGUGUUUGAUUCCCAAACAGAUAAUACAUCACUAGCAUUUAUAACUCCAAAUUUUACAUCAAACGUGAAGCCACAUCCCAAUGGAUUUUUGGGCCCAAAUCAAGCAGGGCUCUCGUCAACUAACACGCCGAAGGGCCUUAUAGCCCAAGGACAAAAAUCAUUAGACAGUGUGAACCCCAAUAUGGCUGGACAAUGUAGGGCCGGGAAACUAUUCAAAGAAGUGACUUUAAAAGGAGGAAUUAACGCUGGAAUAUACAAAGAUGUUGGAGCAGUGCAAAACAUGGAUGAAUGUUCGAGCAAAUGUUGCGAGUUUGCGGCGUGUGACUUAGCAUUUAUGCUCUCAAAUCGAUGUUAUCUUGUUGGUUGUUCUGAAGGAAAGAACUGUCAAAUACAGAAAGCGAAACCCUCACCGUAUCAUCCAUCGGUGACGUACAUUGAGCGGUGGAAUAAGGAAGGUGUUAAACACACAGGUAAGCUGAGGUGGAUAGACCCUCAGAUUCAAGAGAAACCAGAAUAAAAGUUAAUUUUUUUUAAGUACCAUGUUAAAAAGAUCGCGAUGGGUGAAAAAGGGAGAGGAUUUAGAGUCAUUGUUAGCGUCUUUUUCCUCCCCUCUCCUCUACCGCUGCCCAGGCCCUGUGCUUCCGAGGUCAUAUAGUUAACAAACCAAGAGGAUGAAAAGAAAAUGUCCCUCAUGAAUUGCAGCAAAUGACCGUCCAGAUCUUGGUUAGGCACUCCAUGCCUAAAAAGGAUUGGACGUCCUUUUAACAAUGAGGUUAUUCAUAAGGUUUACUCGCCAGGUUUAUGGCUGGCAAUAGUAAGUUAAUAGUAAGUAAGUAAGCAAUUUUUACGCCAUAUACACGUAACAUAUGGGUGUCAGGUGGGGUACGAGAACCCGGGGGGGGGGGGUACUCCCUAUGAUGGCCUAUACAGGGAGGCUCCGCCCGAAAGGGGUAUCUUUUUCAGGCUUCAGAUAUAUGAAAGGGUAGGGUCUCACUAGAUGAAGGAUCUAAAAGGGUAGGGAAAUCUGUCAUUUGUGUCUGUGAAAGGGCCCAAAAGAGCUAACAGGUGAAUUUUAUGGCUUUAUAAAGUCCAGAAAACGUUUUAUUUUUGUGAUUGAUUCCUGUAUAAAAGACAGUGCAUUUACAGCAGUUAAAAGGGAUGCAAAGUUCUAAAGAAAGUAUGCGAAAGGGGUACCAUUUUUCAAUAGAAGGUAUACGAAAGGGGUGCUUUUUUCUUGAAAAAUGGUAUAUAAAAGGGUAAAGGAUUGGACCUCGGGGCGGAGCCUCCGUGUAUAAACAUUUGUUGAGUAUUCCCUAGGGUACGAGAAUAGACAAAUGGUUGAAUGAAUGAGGGAGUAUGAAUGGAUGGACGGACGGAUGGAUAGAUUAAAUGAUGGAUACAUUGAUGGAUAGAUAAACUAAAUGCUGGUGCCAAAGGACUCUAGAACUUACAAACAAACACACAAAAAUCAUCUUUUAUAUUAUGUUUUAAACUAUGUUUGGCUUUGCAGUUUUUCUGAGCGAUUCUGCAGACACUAAAUACAGCUGUCCAGUAGUGAAGCCAAUGACAAAGGUGACGCUUAAGGGAGGGCUCAAAGCAGGCGAUUUUACAGACACAGGAAAAGUAGGUAGCAUAAAAGAAUGCUAUGCGACAUGCUGCCAGCAAGCCUCGUGUAACCUGGCCUUCAUGCUGGGUCAGAACUGUUUCUCAGUCAAAUGUUAUAACAAGGACUUGUGCAGUACCAUUCCAGCGCAACCGUCGAUAUUCAAUCCACAAAUUGCAUAUGUCUGGAGUAGAAAGGAAAUAAGUGGAGGUAAGUGUUAUGUCCUGUAUCACACGACAGCCAUAUUGAAUAAAAAACCUCGAGGUUUAUUGCAUACCAUGAUGCUUAUAGUACUUUCACGAUAGCAUACAUGACAUACAUGACAGUAAGAUAAUGGUGAAAAGAGAGCUUAAGAUUUUAAGAACAGGACCUGGGCUCAAUUUAAUAAAACGUUUACACGUGUAAUUUACAAGUGUAGCCAUUGUCUUAGAGUCUGAGAACAAUAGCUACACUUGUAAAUUACACGUGUAAACGUUUUAUUAAAUUGAACCCAGAUUUUUUCAAUACUUAGUAGUGCACGCGCCUGAACCAGCGUCAUUUUGGCGCGAAAACGUGAAAGCCGUCUUCAUUCUUUUAUGAGUUUUAACAAGAAGGUCGUGCUGCAGAAAAAAUGCUAUCAAUUGUUAUUAGAAGUUUCAUCAUUUUCAAUCAGAGGGGGGCUUAACGUCCUUUAGUAAGAAGCUUUGUGGGGUAGAUAUUUUGUUUGGGAAUACGCGAAAAAACUUUCAGUUAUAUCUCGUCCUUGUAGUCGCCCUCGACCUUGAAUCCAAGGAUCUCUAUUUAAUCCUGCGAACCAGUUGAAAUGAAUUUAUUCUAAUGUAUUUUUGCAGGCACUUUUAAGCAGGCCCACUCCGAAUGACUGCUGCGAGACAGUUUUGACGCACAACCGAAGCUGAGCCAUUGAAUUUAUAUUGAGGAACUCCUAAUCUAUGACCUGUUUUAUCGCUCGUGUUAUAUGCUCUCUUUGGGGUGUCGCCAUUACAGUAUUCUUUAUAGUUUGCUUUGAGGCAGUCGCGUGUGGACUUGAUGACGUUCCAAACAAUCGAUCAAAAUGUGCAGAUGUCCCGGGAAUCAGACUUCCGUUUAAUUAUAACCUAGCUAAAAAUAACUUCAGUGAAAUUCGCAUAUCCCGGCCAACGCUCUAAGGUUCCAUCUCGAUGCAUUAUUCUCUCUUGAAACAGCUCAUUUUAAAUCGCAAUCACAAUCACCUCAAUAACUUCAAGACAUCCUUACAAACAUUGCUAUAUUUUCCUCAGUACUUAAAACCCUUUUUGGCUCUUUUAUGGCACUUCACGAAGGUUUACAAAAUGUCAAUGUACUUUCGCAUUCGAUAAAUUAAUGUUUAUCUUUACAUUUUUUCUCCAGACACAGCAAAAAGUCAAAUUCUCAAACCUCAAGUUGUAUGUCCAGCAAAUAAAGUGCUUGACAGCGUCACACUUGUGGGUGGAAUUAAAUCCGGGUACUUCCGCGAUCAUGGCAAAGUCAAAGACAUACAGAAAUGUCGACGAAUCUGUUGUGAGAUGCCGCAUUGUAACCUGGCCUUUAUGCUGUCUUCAAACUGUUUCUCUGUGGCUUGUAAGAGCGCGGACGCUUGUAAAACACAACCAGCCAAUCCGUCACGGUAUAAUCCCAAGAUAUCAUAUGUUAGAGAAUAUGGCUCCAUCGAGUUAAUAGGUAAGGUUAUUGUUAUCCUUACUCAAACGGAGACUUUAAAAACUGGCCGCUAAGGCUUCUUAAUACAGAAGAACUCAAUAUACUCCAUGGGCGUGAUGUUUACAGCGUAUCAAAUAACAUAACGCAAUUCAAGCAAACAAUGAGACCUUUUAAGGUCAUCUGUAAGUACAUUCCGCGUCCUAACUUUUAGCUGUGUAAGGAUGCAAUAAACGUAAGGUCACGCAAUGAAAGUGCAGAGAUCUUUUUUUUAUUAUUAUUAUUUCUGCGGCUAAGAUUUUGGCACAAAAGAUCUCAUUGUCACUUUAAAGUUCGUAUGGUCAACAUGCAGUUGAAUUACUCCCAGCGGUGACUGGCAUGUAAAUUCUCCUGAUAAUCAAUACAUUAUUUAACACGUAAGUCAUGAGAAUAGACAAAUGAAUCAGCCGUGGGAUUUUAUCUUUAUAUAACCCCUGUGUGUCUCAUCUAAUGUGCAAGAAAAUGUGUAGAGACAGAAGAGUGAACAAGUAAUCAAGUCUUCGGAGUUAAAAGGCUAAUUAAGGGAAGGUGACCGCCAUGAAAUGGGUGUUGUACACACUUAUCACUGUACUUCGGUGUUUUUUUUUUUUUUUUUUUUUUUUUUUGAUGUGACUCAAGGUGCACCAAAGCCUUCAGAUCAGCAAACCAAUGCAACGAUCCCGGGAUUACCACAGACACCUCUGUCACCGCCAUCGGCACCAGCAUUGACACCACAAGCUCAACUACCCGGUUUAACAGCUCCAGCGAUGGAAGCGGCAGAAACAACACAGUUCUCACAAACCCAGGGACAAGGGCAGACACCUUUGCUACCAGGGCUGGCACAGCAGAUGACCCUGCCUUCCCCACCCUCUCCUCCCGUGUCCCCUUUUGCCUCUAACCAGGAGACGGGUCAGAAGCCGCUUAUGCCGAUGGGUGGAAGUCAAAUAGAUAACGGCGCUGGUUCGUAUGAACUAAAUCAUUUCUCAAGUUAUGCAUGUUGUAAGAAUGGCCUGUUUUUACCGUAAAAGGCAAUAGAUAACGAAAAAGCGAUAAUAUUCAUCAGUAAAUGAGUGGAAUACAUGACAAGUAAAGUACAAAUAUUACUGAAUGAAAUUUAGGGGGCUUUUGAGCGUAUUAGAUCAUGCUCCAUGGAAAAUUGUGCUAUGUAAGUUUUAAUGAAAUGUAUUUGAAAUUUUACAAGUUCGUUAUCGUGCCUUCUUUUGUAUAUGCUGUGUUCUUUAUCCUCAUUUUACUUAUGUCUCUCGCAAUUUGUUGGCAAUUUCCUCUAUUUGAAUUUCGAUAAAUUUCGUAGCACAGUUAGUUUAAAAAUUCCUUGUAUUUUAUUUAGCAAUGCAGUUUCCAAUCCUUCCUGCACAACCUGCACAACCAGCACAACCAGCUCAACCAGCAGCACCAGCUUCGCCUGUUUCACAAACCCUUGAUCAGCUAGCUGGUGCCCAAACGGAAACCAAGAAAACAGAGAUACCACAUGCAGACAAUCAACAGAGUUUUAAGAAUCAAAUAAAGUCGGCCGCAGCCGGCCAAGCCAUGCAAAUGAACAUCGUGGACGGAAAGAUCAAGCUGACGCCCGUCGGGGGAUCGGAAAAUUCCGAAGCUUCCGAAUCUAAGGCGAAGACUGACGACUCGGCCAAAAAGGAUGACUCGGCUAAAAAGCAAUGCAAUAAAGCAAAAGUACUUGACAAUGUAACACUUAAAGGUGGAAAGAAAUCCGGAAAAUUCAGUAACCAUGGUGAUGUGAAAGGAAUGGACGAAUGUCAAGAUAUUUGUUGCAAAGAUAAGAAAUGCAAUGUAGCUUUUAUGCUCGGCAAGACAUGUUACUCUGUUGCUUGCAAUAGUAAGGAUCUCUGUGAACAUACCAAAGCUCCUCCGUCCGAUUACAAUCCUCAGCUUGCUUACGUGCGGCAGUUGGAAAAUUCUAACACAAAGGGUGAGUCUAUUUUGAGUACUAGAUUUCCAGUGGUGUAGAGUGAUCAAGCCUUCAAACCUGGCCUUUUGGUGCUGAUAAAACUAUUGGAAUCAAUAGUAUUAGUUUCUAAGGUCUUUAUUGCAAGGAAAAUAGUUCUUCAAUUAGUACAGAAAGGAAAAAGGUCAAGUAAAGCUUUCGCCUCUCGGAACCCUCUCUUUCCCUUAUCCAAUCUAAAGUAUUCUACCUCGGUGAGACGUAUUUCCGUUUAUUGCUUCUCGGGUGGAGAGAAGCGACGACCGGAAAUACGUCUGCGUUUGCAGGCUAGGGUUCUAAAGACCUGCUGAAACCUGCUAACGAAAACAAAAAAAAUUUUUUCUCUGAAUUGAGAGUUUUAUUUCAUUUUUUCAUCCCUUGUGCGAAAUUUCCAAUAUUGUAUUCAAAAUGGAACACAACUAUACUGAUCAUCACCCUUGCAAUAUUGUUUGGAAUUUGGAACACAGCUGCACUGAUCAUCACCUUUAAACACCUUCGAUGGUUGACUUAUGCUCGUAUGAGCAUAGAGAGGUUUAGAAUCGCGUUUACGGUAAACGGCAAAGGUCAAUUUGUACCACGUGACCAAUUUUCCCCUUUACUUGUCGUUUACCGUUUAUUAUACUGAUCUACACAGAAAUGAGUAGUUUCAUGGCAGUUUCAUCCUUAACAAUUGUUUUGAGCUGUUUUUAUCUGCUAAUUUUCUAAACUGAGAAAUUGUCACCUUGAAUCUUCGACUGACGUUUGUCGUUAUCCGUAAACGAGAUUCUAAAUCUAUCUCAUGCUUCACUUUAGAAAUUGGGGGGUAUUCAUCUGUGACUGUGCGAAGCCCUCACAAAGAGCAGUUUUAUUUUCUUACGACAGAAUAGACAAUUCAAGGCUAGUGUGACUUUCAUCUUCAUUUAAAUUGCAGAAACUAGCAAGGCCCCAGCCAUUCCACCAGAACCAAAAAAUCUCAAAUGCAAACACAGCAACAUAACUAACAAUAAAGACCUGCCAAGCGGUAUACAUAAAGGCAACUUUACUCUGGUCAAAGAAGCAGAAAGCAUGGCAAAGUGCAUGGAAAAAUGCUGCGACAGCAAAGAGUGCGAUGUAGCCUACAUGGUAGAAAAGAAAUGUUAUUCUGUGUCUUGCUCUUCAAGAGACGAUUGCAAACCUGUCACGGUAAAAGCUUCCAAGAAAACUCCGCUUAUUUCAGCCAUGAUCAUGAAGGCGGAGCCGAAGGAAGAAACAGGUAGAGUUUACUUAAACGCUUAGUCUAGGGUUAUCGAUGUAUCUAAUGUUUUUCUUUUGAAUACUUAAAAUAUAAUCGUAUAGAAGGCUCAAAUGAACGCUAUCGAGUAGCACUAUGUUCCUGUGCAGUCUUGUAUUUGACACGGUUCAGUGUGGCCAUUCUAAUGAAACCUAUAAGGGCAGUACUUUUCUUUGGAAUUUUUCAGUUGAGCCCGGUAGAGGGUAACAACUGAAUAACUUUUGAGUCAGUGUUAAGGAAAUCCUAAAUCGGGACCAUUCAAGUUACAAGACAGCAUGACUCUUUUAGCUUUUGUUAUUAUUAGCUAUGCUGUGCAAGACGGUUCCAACUCUUACAGUGUGACCGGGAAAACCGUGAACGCUUGAAAUAUCUCAGGAAUGUUAUUGUCUUGCAAGAGAAAAGCCAAUCAGGUGUGAGAAAACUUAACCACAAGCAAGAACGUUAAUUAGGGUGCGUUCCUUUGAGUUGAUCCGGAUCAGAAUCACUCGGAUCAUGGUAGAUCAAAUGAACCGAUAAAUUUACUCUGGACAAGGAUUCAUCGGUUCAUUUGUUCUGCCAUGAUCCGAGUGAUCUCGGAUCACUGAUCCUGAUCCAGAUGAUCCCAAAGGUUUAGUUUGUGGUUUUGCGGCCAGUUCGCGUGCCUUGGUCUUCCCUGUGAUUGGUCAUAACACUAUAAACAUUCCUGAGAUAUUUCAAGUGUUGAAGGUUUUCCCGGUCGCACUUACCCUGGGUGCCAGAGACUUUUCUAGCGCUGUUUCCGGUUUCUGUCAAGUCUUUAUAGCGACCCGCGUGUUCUUUCUCGCGGCUUCGCCGCUCGUGGCUGAGGCCUACGGCCGAUGAUGUGUCGGCCUUCGGCCAACACCUAAAAUUCCCGCCGUACGCGAGAAAAACCUCUGGUACCCAGGGUAGGUCGCACUGUAAAUUGUGACAGCUUUCUGAGACCCUUUUCACAUGACUUCACGUCCACCACAUUGGUUUUCCAAAAAAAAUAAAACGGUGGCCAUGUUGGUGCUCCAAACCAGUCUGGUGGAUCUCUUUUCUUAUGUAAACGCUUUCUUUUGUUGUAAUAUAUUUUCAUAGCGGUGGUCACUUGAGUAAAAACACUCUAUACGCUGCACAGAGUUCACGGCAUCUUUAACCUCCGGGUUUUAGCGGUUACACUUAAUGAUUAGUAGUAGAGUAAUACUUCAAACCGUUCACAAAGACCAAAAGAACCACUAGCUAACUCAAUAUCCUCUCUCUCUCCCAAGACCUCUCCGCUAUUGCCACUCCUCCCGAGGAUACUUCCUCCACUAAGUUUGCAUCUAAAACCGGAAGUUGCAAAGACAGCAGAAUUUCCACUGACAUUAAACUUCAACCCGGAAGUUCGGCGACCAACUUUACAGAUUUGGGAAAAGCAGAUGAUAUUCACCGAUGUAUCAGCCGGUGUUGUGUUCGUCCCACGUGUGACAUCGCUUAUCUGCUGAAUAAUAAGUGUUUUGCAGUGCAGUGUCUUGAUGGAGUCAUGUGCCAGACAAAUGCUGAACCUGCAGUUACGGGGGCUAAUGUCCAGCUGGCGUACAUGAACAGAGGAAAGAGCGCGCAAAAGGAAAAAGGUGUGUAUCAUUAGUAAUUUUUUUUUUUCGUCGAAACACACUGUUUACUCUAUCUAAGGAUUUAAUGAACGUUAUUUUAUUUCCGCUUUUAAGAACCAUGUUACACUUCUUUUCAAAAAGCAAUUUGAUUGCGGCUGUAAUGUUCCUUCAGAUUAGGAAAAUACUUGAUCGUUUUUGUAGCCGAAGUCUGGCUCCUUUUUGUUUAGCCAGUAAUUUCAAACUGAAUGGUGACUGACGCUUUUGCCCAGAACAUUCGAUAUUAUGCUAGAUGGCUUAGAAGUUAACACCACAGGCUGUCAUACCCCGAGAUAUUUUCUUUUUCAUCUUUCCAAAACUCCCAACAUUGCUGUAGUCCAUUUGUUAUUAUCUAUAAGUUCGUGGAGUAGUGACUAAGGAGAUAUUCAACUACCCAUUUCUGAUUUGUUUUCAGAUUGGAUGCUUGUAUAUAUUAUCGUAGCCUCACUGGCUUUUGUAGCAGGAAUCGGUGGAGUGAUAUGGGCUGUGUGCAUCUGUACAAAGAGGUAGGGCAGUCAAGUGACAAGUGACGAGUAACAAGUGCUAGCUACAAAUCAUCCUCGAAGACCAGAAUGGAUAUGUAAUUAAUAGCCCACCCUUGAUAUAUCAAAAUUCUAUCAUGAUCCCGAGGCUUUAUAGGUUCAAAAUUGCAAAUUUUGACGAGUUCCAUUAUCUCGUAAUUCCCGGAAGGGACUUGAGAGCAAAGAAAACCGAACCAAAUAUAGAAAAAUGACCAGAAAGCCCUGGAGUCAUGUUAGAAUUUUAAUAUAUCGAACGUGUGCUAUUGAGACAGCUUAGUAUACGUUUCUGGGAAACUGAGCACCUACCCCUCCCCUACGCCAACAUUGACAUUUACUUCUCACGUAAGGCAAAAUGUUGGGGUAUGUGGGCAGUCUUCCGGAAACGUAUAAUGAUCUAAUCUAGGAAAAUUUAACUUGUGGAAUCCGGAAUCCUAAGAAUCAAGUCCGGAAUCCAAGCAGUGGAAUAAAAAAUCCAAGACUGUCUUGGAUUCCCUUAUGUGGGGUGAAAAGUUGCAUACUAAAUUGUCGCAGACCCGCUCUCAUCGAAUCAUUCCCACAAAAAAAUUAAAUUCUUUUCUUCUGAAACUUGUUUGAUUUCCAGAGUCUUUUCGUUCUUCUUAUAAGGUCUUAUAAACUUUCGUCUUUGCUUGCAAUCAGUUUCCCUCGCCAGUUAUUCUGUCCUUAUAUGUUGUUGCUAAAUUGCUUUCAGGCAAAAAAUUCGAAAGCAAAGACGAAUGCUUGAUGAUGAUGAAGAUGAUGAAAUGUUACCAAAAAGUAAGUUGUCAAGAUUUCAUGAUGUUUCAGUUCUGUUUAGCGUAAUAACCAGCAGUAUUUUAUCAUAGGCAUGCGUGCAUAUUGUACUAGAUCUUGAAGAACCAUAGAGGUUUGUUAAUUAAACUUUGUUAAUCUUGCUCCGUCGUGGUCUCCGUGAAGUUUUUUACAUUCAUUUAAUAUAUUUAAUUUGCCAAAGUAAUAAACAAAUAUUGGAAUGAAUAUAAUAAACUGGCAAGGGUGGCCCAGAGGAAACCAAGAGGUUUAUAAGGCCUGAGCUCCACCUUCAAAGAAAAUUAAAUGAGAGGAAGUAAUUAAUUGCAAAACUGACACGCAAUGGAUAGUUACAGAUGACGUCAAACACAAACUGCCUUUUUUGAUGCAUUUUGUAGGAAUCUCCAAUGAUAAAAGUGUGAUUUCGGCAAUUUACCUAGAUAUUUUGAGUUCGCGCAAACUUGACCCUGUAGUCUUCUUGUUUUCCAAUAUGCCGCUGCCAUAUGGGACCCUGGCAAAGAUAUUAGAGGUCAUGCGUCAGGUUGGAUCGGCGUUGUGUCGAAUUGCACGGGGACUAUUUCGGAGACGCUAUCUCUUCUUUUCUGGCAUAUUUAGGGGUUACACAGAAAACUGGGUUUAAAUUUGUGCCCAAAAAUAAUCCCAUAGUACAAUGCCACUCAACACCAACCCAGUCCCACACGUAACUAAAACUAAAGAUGGCCAAUUGCUGGUUGGUACGUGACGUCAUGGCGGACAUGCUGGUGGUGAAGAACCAAAGUAUAUCUCUCCUCUGGGAACUAAACUCCAUUUUCAUACAAACGUUUUGAGAAAAAUUCUAUUUUAUUGACCACCAACAUGGCCGCCUUGUCACAUGGUUGCAAACAAAGACUGCGGAAAGCUUGAAAAUAGUGUCCUCAAAACCCGCAAUUAAACUAGAAAGAAUCAGAAUUUGUCUUCUUAAGAUCAUGAAACAAUUCACAAAAUCCGACUGAGAAGUAUUUGCAGGUUGUAAAAUCAUUUAUUGUUGCCAUUUUUGUCUUCUAUCAGCUACUCAAACAAGAUAUCGAACACCGAUGCCAAGAUACUGAGAAGACGAUGACUGCAAAGAGAACCCAGUUACUGGGAAGGUGUGACUUCGAGGCAUGCGCACCUAUGGAAGGAAAUUACACGUUUUAGUGAAUUGCUCAGAAGUUAAAAAGGGACUACAAAGUGACUAUAAGGAUCAUAUUUGAGCUUCAAAGCUGCUAAACUUUCAUGUCUUUGCAGCUUAGAUGAAGAGACGUCUGAAGGCAACUCUUGUCAUUCUAGCCGAUAUGAACAAAGUUGAUCGAAAGUUCAACAUCUGUUUGUACCUCUCAGUAUAUAUCUAAAGCCUGUUUCAGUGUCUUGUAACAUCGCUGGUAUUGAAGGCGUAGAGCUAGAAGGGAACAAUCUCUAAACACGAGAUCCCCACAUGCACCAAUUUUUUGCGCAUGUCUUAAGUGCGGUGCAACUGCUGAUAAAGAAGCUAGGUUUUUAAGGCUUAGUUGCUAUCAGUAGCCCUUAAUUAUAUAUUGUUCUCCUCGGCCAACAAACGUAGAUCACGCAGAGAUUAUUUCUAAUUGAUUUUUUAAGUUCGGUUUUUAUCAGAUCAGUAAAACGGACAGUACUUUAAAAGGUCUUGCUUUUUUAGAAUUACGCACAUUGUAAGCCUUUCUUACUUGCAAGACUCUUUCUCUUUAUAUGGGGUAGCGCUAAUGACAUUUGACAACAGGUGAUCUCGCUCUCUAAUCACGACAACACCAAACUCUUCGGUAAAGAAGAGAUCCUGAGAGGUUAGAAAGAAAGUUAAGACACAUAAACUUUUAGACGCAAGCAGCACGAAGAAAAAACCCUACCAAGAUCCUUCACAAUUCAUUUUCUCCUCUAGCUCGAGGCACCGACUACAGUUACCAGAGAAAUAACAUAUUUUGCAAAAUUAUAAGAUGUUGUAUUGUACUCAGUAUCAAUCGAAUACGAAGUUAGGUGAUGCGGAAAUAAUUUCUUCCGUACAGGUUGGCUUCACCGACAAACACAAGUUUCUUGAUAGCUGGAAGAUGUGCGUCAGUAUAGAGUCAACAGGGGCACUUUCUUGUGUCUGCACUGUGUCUUAAAUACCUAAGAGAACUAUGCAUUUAAAAUAUGUUAUUUCCUAAUACUGCCUCUGUCGGAAAAAAUUCUCUUCAGGCUUCACCCGGUGUUGAUUUUAAAGCAAAUCUCAUUGUGACCAAGGCUUUUCCCCUAUUACCAGUAAUAUUUUAUAAUAAUUAUUAUUUUUUGAGUUAGUUAGUUCUUCGUUUGUCCACUUGUUGACGUUAAUAGGAGGUUGGUUCGACGAAAACCAAUCCCGGCCCUGUACAUGUACUCAUUGAUAGAUUGUGGUAUAACGAUUUAAUAAAACUUUUUUGGCAUACAUUCUUGUCGAAGUGGUUCCUGUUCUCAGGUGUUCACACUAAAGUCUAUGUAGCCGGCCUUUUUAGAGAUCAGUACCAGUAUCUGAACCCAUAAAAUGUCCAUAAAUCGGCGCGGUGUGAUCAUGAUCACACAGGAAAAAAGAUCGACACAACUUAAGUGAGGUUAGCCGAUUUUUAUUAAUACCUUUUUACAUUCGCAGGUUGACACAUUCGUUUUUUCCCCUUCAAAAUCCAUAUAUUUCCAAGGUUACGCAACAUUUUCGAGCUUGCAUAGGUUACCUGUGCUGUGGUGCCCUGCAGUCUUUUCCGUGAUGUUGCUUUAUGAAGCAUACAUGAAGUCACGGAUAAUAAACGGAGUCUCACAUAACAUUCAAUCAUGACGUAUUGUUAACGAGGACUUAAGCCUGGCGCCGAGGUUCCGUCAUGGGUACGGGCUGAAUUGAAAGACAAAAUGGAAAACUACAUGUUAUGAUAAUCCUUGGUUAUAAGACUGUGAUGAUUUUGAAAAUGAGACAGACAACAGGCGACAACAUUUCCACUGGCAUUAUUACUGAUCUCUGCUACCUUUUGCCUCCCAUGGCCUAAAUCCUUCCUCGGGAACCCAGCGGGCUGAUUACCUUGCGUUAAGGUCUCGGUAAAGGAAAACGAGGUGCCCACAGAAAAAAAUUCUAGUCGCGCGAGUAUUUUCGCUACAAAGGCAAGUUACAUAUCAAACUAAAGCUAAAAGACUAAAUUACCUUAUAAAAGAUUUUAUUUCAUCGAAUUUCAAAAGGUGCUUAAGUUUUUUGUUCUCGAACUCAGAGGUAUCGAGUUUACUGCUGAAGCUCCAGCCCUUUCGCGUUGUUAAAUAUUCACUUCCUUUUUAUUGCAUCUGAUUGACAGAUAAAAGACCUAAAAAAGGGUGUGAGGAAAUUUGCAGAUGUCUCGUGUUAGCGGAAUUAUUGCAUUUCAAACUAAACAGUCGAAUCUCGAGCGCGAUUUACGCAAAGAAACUGACAUAAAAUGAGUUACAAAGGGAAAUCGGAAAAUUCCUCACACCCUUUUUGAGUCUAUAUCAUUAUCCAUCAUAUCUGAAAGUUUCAAAGCGAUAGCUUAAAACCUGUCCCGACUGGAGGUCGGAGAAUUUUGAUUUUUGCGUCUAAAAUAGAGUGGGCUGGUUAGCCCAGAAAAGGCUUAUUUUAGAAGGGUUAAAAAGCACUUUCUGAUUUUCUUUUUCUGCCAAAUUAAAAUUUAGGACCCACUCAUGCCAAAAAUCCAAAAAAAACAAAAUCGAGCAAUGUACUAAAAUUUUCAUUUACCGAGACCUUAAACCAAGGUACGACCUUAAAUGUGUGGUAGCAAUGUAGAAAAAGGUUUGCAUCAGUGUCAGCAAGAGACAGUCAUUAUUUUUUGACAGUUUCAAAAUAAUGCCAACUCUCCCGGAUUAUCCCGGGAGUCCCCCGAAUACGACACCAAUCUCCCGGUCUCCCGUACGGGUCACCAUAUCUCCCGGAUAAAAUCAUCUUUGGAGCUUUCCUGUGUCUUAGUUUGAGAUUUAGCCUAUUUUUAGCUCAAAACUUGAAUUUUUCUUAUUCGUAGUACGGCUUCUGAAGCAUUUUUGUACGUAUUUAGUCACUGACAAAGAUUAUUUCUGGUAUCAAAAGGAUGAUCGCGAAUUUUGAUAGUAUGUACUUCAUGUAAGACUUCAUAUAAUGUCCUGAGGUUGGCCUCUCUGCAGUUACCAUACGCCAGGCUUGACGCUGUCAAAGUUUGUUAUGAAUACUCAACACUUUGACAAUGAUAUAACAAAAUUUUAUCAUCUUAUAUUGACUGGCAUCAAUCUGUUGAUGUAACGGGGAAUUCUAUAUGAUGAACAUGUACUCCCUCUAAACAAUGUUUGUUGGGAGAGGUGUUUGCUGAAGGGAUGUUGGACGAAAUAGAGGAGUUCAUGCCCAUAGUUGCGUCAUGGGUAAACUGGGCAAGAGGGCAGGAAAUUUAAAGAUAGUUAUUGGAAUUCAAAGCCAGCUAAUUCUUCCUGAAUUCAUAUAUUUGAUGCUUUCUCUUUGAAAAGAGUAACUUACGAGUUCAAAGAAACAAUACACUAAAUCUGCAAAGAAGUCCCUGAUCAGUUUUUAGAAAACCUUGAUUUUCCCAAACAUUUUCUGUAAUUCGACAGUAUCAAAAUAUCAAAGUAUAAGUAUUGAAAUUCAGCAUGGGAAUUUUCAGGGGUUAAUUUUUGUCCAGGGAUUUUUUUGGGUGUUGAUUUUUGCUGCCAUUCUAUCAUCCCUGCCACUUGAAAUCUGGAGUACCCUCCCUGGGGGCAUAUUGCACCCUAACAAAAUAAAUUGCUUACCGUCUUGCCUGGAUAAUUACAUAGUAUGUCACAGAGUCCUGAAUUCUUGUCAAAAAAUUAUUGAAAUUUGGAAACCAGUUUUCCAAGCCUGGAAAAAGUCUAGAAAAACGAUUAAAAUUGUGGAAUUUGGUUUUGUUUUUGUUUUUGUGUUUGCCUUUAUUUGUUUGUUUAAGUCAUUCCUCGCAAGAGAGGAAUUACUCCUAAUGGCAGAGGGCGAUGAGAGGCAGCCCUAUUUCAGCCUAACUGAAACUUUUUAAGCCCCAAGAUCCACAUACAAAUUCUCCAGACUGAUCUCCAUACAUUUCUUUUAAGAAAAGUUGAGAGAAUUUGGUUUAAGAUCAAAGCAUUCUUCCUUGGGUAAUCAAUUUCCUAAUUCUCAUAACUUUUACUCUUGAUGAACUGCUGAUGUUGUUAGGAGAAAAUUGAUAUUGGUCACUCUUGGGGCAGCAGAAGUAGACACAAUUAGUCUAGACGAAUUAUGCACCUCUAGAAUAAAAAGAGUCACUAAAACAGCUGUACUGACAGACGGACUUUUAUAUACCCUGGGUGCCAGAGACGUUUCAUGCAUAGUUUUUGGUUUUGGUCAAAUUGCUAUUGUGACCCACUCGAAUUAGAUAUGGACUCAGAAAGCAACCACCCUUCUUAAGGACCACUUCAGUUUGAGUGGUCGCUUUCUAAAGGUUUCAAAAUUGUAAAGGAAAGCACUGGCAAACUCGAGGGGCAUGUUGGCAUAGUUGUUCAUGCGUUGGAGAUCAGUGUUGUUCAUCAGUAAGUUCACCAAGUGAACUGUCUUGAAUUGUCAUUUCACGCAAUAAACGUGAAUGAAAUCGAAAAAACAAGGUAUUGCAUCUCUCAUUUUACGUCUAAAUUACGAAUCGAGGGGAUUGUUAUGGCGUUUUGCAGUUUCUAAAUCCAGGUUUUUAAUUGGCUGAAGUUUUACUGAUUGCAGAAAAUCUUUCAAAGCCGAUAAAUACAAGUAGGCGGUACUUUACCAUAAAAUAUGUCACUCAUGACUCUGUUCAUUUCCUUGUGCUCCUCCCCGCCCAGAGGCUCGCUUGAUACAAAGAAACCACAAGUCAGAUUUACUUACUUACUGCUCACAAUGCCCGGUGGAAUGAAGGGCAGCAGCGAAGGUCUAUUCUGGGCCAGCUUCCCGAUGGUACCCCUGCGGGUGUGGUUUAUUAGGGUUUUCAUCUCUCCUUCUACCGUUCGUCGUCAGGUGUCCUUCGGUCUGCCUCUGUUGUGCUUGCCUUGCCUGUUACCAGGUUUUUUCCAAAGCACGUGCCCAAUUAUUAUUAUUAUUUGAACCUGUUUUAAGGUACACCAUUCGAUGCUACUUCGUAUCUGGUCGAUGCGUUUCGACGAGAAAACAUUUCAGAGCAUCUCAGGUGUCGUUCAACAGAGCACGUGCCAUGGUGUCACAGUGCUGAGGAAAUCUACUCAUUUUAACAGCUGGUUUUGUGUGAUCAGAUUCUUAAUAUAAAUGGCUCGCUUUACACGAUUAGAGUUAGCCCUGCCCACAGGGGAUCACCGAUGUUGGCACCAAGAUAACUGACAACUCACACCAGCAGAGGGUUUUCUUGUGGGUGCGGUUCUCAUGUCUUUUCAGCGUCUGAGUUUGUCGUAUUAAUAAUAAUAAUAAUAAUAAUAAUAAUAAUAAUUCCGUUAUUUACCCUUGGCAGUGUUUAUAGCACUAAUGCUAGUGGGGCCGAGCAAAUGCCUGAAGCAAAUAAUUCAAAUCAAACUUAACAGGGUUAGGAAACCCAACUGGCCGGAGGCAAACCAGCUGGCUAUUUACAAGCGUGGCCGAGGAUUUGAACUCGUGACUACCGUGAACGAAUUCAGCAAGCGGUCAUGGCGGGACUUGAACUCGGGGCCUCCGAAUGGCAAGUUCAGCGCUUUAACCACUCAGCCACACUGCUUCCUUAAAUCUAUUGAAGUAGAUUCGGUCGACUGAAGUUCUGAAGCAAAACAACCCGUUGCAAGCUUGGUCGAACAACAAUAUAACCCCAAGUUAGGUCAGAUUAGCAGAUGACUCAACGUUAUUAAUUAUUCACAAGCUUGUUGAGCCAUAGACCAAGGAAGAAAGCAGAGCGUUUAUAUCGAGAGUUUUGCUUCGAAAAUGGUUGGAUUUUUUCUACAAUUCGAGAUGGAUUAAUUGACAAAGGAUCGUGAAGGAUGCGGAGUGGAUGAGGACAGCUUGUUCCUGCAAAAAUCUCCCAUCAUGGUAUCAUGAUUAGGUGGCUUUCAUUCAAUUCCGCCAUUUUGGUUCUUGUAAUACUGGUAUCACUGGGAUUUACGACGAAAGGUAAAGACAUUAUUAUUCGUUUCCACCAGUAAUUUUGGAUAGCUUUUGUUUAAAGUGUAACUUUCUAAAGGAGCAGCACCUAUAAAGAAUCUUGCGAAGUGCGGUAAAGAUCGCUUAGAAUGACCACUAAAAAGACAGAGUCUGUUUCCGCGUGCAAGGACACUGUACAUCAUAAUAGCCUUAAGUUGAGUUGUAGCAAACUAAGAAUUCUUUCAUAAUUUUUUGCGGCGCAGAUUCAAGGCCUAAAAAGUCUCAUAAAUUAAGGGAUUGUGUUGCUCAGUUUUAUGAGCACAGUUGUCGGAUCUCAGUAAUGAAAAAGAAACUGAGACCUUUUAGUAUAUCAUAAUUGACAUCGUUAGGCCAUAGUAAAGUAAUUUUAAAUAUUAGUAUUAGUAUUUGUAGCUCUAUUGUCUUCAUUAAUAGGGAUUUAAAUCCACUCCAUGGACUUCAACUUGGAAGUUGCAACAUGCAAAGUAAACAAUGAAAUACUGACCUUAAACACGACAUGACUUUUUCGGUAAUCUGAAUGUACAACUACCACUCGUGAAAAGGUAAAACUCUGAGCCGUCUGCAGGCUUGAACUUGAUCUUCUCCAAUUGAAUAAACGCUCAAAUUGGAUGUAAAAUAAUAUAUUGUCAACUUUUCCAUGAACACUAGGGAAUUUAUGUCGCACUUUUAAUUUUACAAACAAUUACCAUGAACAUUGUAGGAAUGUCUGCUUUUUUGUUUACUUGUCAUUUCCUAAUCUCUCAAUCUGUAGUUUUGUCAAACGCCACCCAGAAGACCGCUGGACCUAUCGAGUCCUGCGCGCAAAGCCCAAUACAGCAAAACGUUACAUUGAGGGGUGGAAUAAACGCUGGUACGUUCAAGAAACUGGCGCAGUUUGUAGCCAUGCAGCUCUGCAUUCAGCUUUGCUGCGAAGAAAAAAAUUGUGAUGUAGCGCUAAUGUCCGGGAAAAAUUGCUAUGGAGUUCAGUGCUUUAGUGAGGAGCUGUGCACUGCUGUACCCGCCAAAAAAGCGCCUUCUUCGUUGAUGAUCUCGCACGUCACUAUAACGGGAGAGGAAGGUAUGGGAAAUGUUCAUUUUUGUUAACCACCGUAAAAUUCCGAAAACAUGCCCCGGGGCUUAAAUUUUUCAAAGGCCCUUUUUGAGGGGCUUACUUUAGGAGGGGCUUAUCUAUGGAGGGAAAUUUGCGUUUCAAAAUCGAUUGGACUAGCCUUAUAGCUGGAAGGAAAUUUACCGUUUUUGCUUUGUUUUACUUUGUAUUUGAGGGCAAUUUCCAAGUACAAUCCCCCGGGGGCUUAUAUUUGGAGGGGCGAUUUAACGGAGGGUUUUUACGUUACGAGUUGGGGGGCUUAUAUUUGGAGGGACUUAUUUUCGGAAUUUUACGGUAUUUGUUUAUUUCGAGACUAUCAAAUGGAUUCUUAAGUUGUUGACUGAUAUUUUGGGGGAACAAGGUUGUAUGUGUUACAUUACUGCUCUUAAGUAUUCGAGCUAGAAAGAGCAUUAAUUUAUAUUAUUUGUUUUGGUUUGGUUUUUAGCGCUCUAAAAAACAUCUCCGAGAAUGUGAAAUCAGCGAAGUCAUUGGAUGACUUCGCUGAUUUCACAUUCUCUGAAAUUGCGAUAAGAGUGUAAUCAGUCAUAGGAUUGACAUGAUUUUCAAUGGGCGUGAAGUUAACGUUAUUGUGUGUCAACGGCGAAAAGUGAAAUCAUAUGUUGUCAUCACUCUACUGUAUUGUUCUGCUGAUCGUCAGAGUUUGUUUCUUUGAGAUAAUAUAGCUCAAUAUCAGUUUAUUAAUUUCAGAUCACCUAUUCGAAACGACGAAGGAUACAAAAUAUCCAAAGUUGAUUGUUAGUUAUAUGGAACCGAUGGAAAUAUGCGCGCGUUUUUCUCCCAUUCCUGCUGUAAAGUGUAGCUUUUUUGGGCUUCGUAACUUGUAACUUCACUCAGAGUAUGGGAAUUGUCGGUAGCUCGUAGCGAAUUAAACACUCCGCUGCCUCUAUAUUGUAGCCUGAGUAGCAGGCAUCGGUUAAUUUUUUUUAAAGGCCGCGCGAGGGGAACACGCGAAGGCGAGAGGAGGUGCCCUCUCAUUUCCUCCCCUCGCGCGCUCGUCCUCGAAUUUUCUCUUUUCGCCCCCCAAAAAUACCGGUGCCUGCUACGCAGGCUACUGUGUUGCCCCACGUAAGGGAAUCCAAGACAGUCUUGGUUUCUGGAUUCCACGCCAUGGAUUCCGGAUUAUUUGUCAGUGGAACUUGGAUUCCGGAUUUCCGUCAGCUGCAUUCCGGAUCCCACACCAAAAAUUUGCCACAUUCCGCAUUCCACAAGAAAGAAUUUCCCGGAUUCCGGGAUCCGGAUUCCCUUACCGCUGGGGCGAUCUGUAACUAUUUCUAAGUGCUAGCGACACUGCCUCAUUUUUACUUUUGCUUACAGGGUACAGCCGCCGUUCUCACCCAGUUCCACAGAAUCUUAAAUGCACAGAGACCGAAGCAGAAGAAGGCGUUACGUUGAAAGGAGGGCUUAAAGCGGGAAAUUUCACAGAUGUUGGUACAGUAGAAAGUAUCGACUCCUGUACUCGGCUCUGUUGUGUGUCUGAGAGAUGUAACUUAGCGAUGUUAAUAAACGGACAUUGUUUUCUUGUGAACUGUUUUAGCAAGGAGCUUUGCAAGACGGUCAAAACCGAGACCAAGAAUUAUCGACCAACGGUGGCAUUUGUACGACGAUGGGUCACUAAUGUGACCGAGGAUACAGGUAUGUGUGGAUCAGCCUUGAAGGUGAAUGCUACAACCAGUUGGCAGAUAAGGGGGGGGGGAGGAGGAGGGUGGUCUCCAAAAGAUUUUUUUCGGUCAUUAGGGCCUCAGCAUUGGCCCCUCCCCUGGGUCCGCCACUGAGUUGUAGAAAUGUUUAGAGACUCCGACAAAGAACUGGCCUUUUUCCAGUUAAAAUCGCUGCUAGUCACACAUCUAAGAGAUAAAGCAUUCACCCCUCUCUCCCUUCCAUACAAAGUCGUUCCUCAAAGUCGUAUUGCCCCCUCGAGUGAUCCCCCAAAGAAUGCGCGACUCUAUUUCAGCAAAAAAAGGCGAGACUCUGGAACUUAAAGCAUCUUUGUUUUACAUAUUAUUAGCAAACGGUUGAUCGUAAUUAUUAUCAGUGCAUUAUUUAAGACAUGCGAUUUUGACAAAAAAAAAAAAACGCCGCCCUCGAGUAAAUAGGGAGCUUAAGCAACAGCGUUGUUGAGCGACGGACGUCAACCGGAAGUGGACCUUUUGCAUCAUUGGGCAGUGGUUUGUUUGAAACUCUCGGAUGAAUCCUCUUUAUAAGAGAAAAGAAACUUAGCAAUACAAAUUUGUUAGCGUCAAGGCAUAUAAAAAGGGAGAAAGGCUCACUUCCGGUUGACGUGCGUCCCUCAAACACGUCUUUGCUUAAGCUCCCUAAUGUCGCCCUUGAAUAAACGCCGCAUCGAAAACGCUAAAAAUGUGAUAAACGCCCGCGGCGCUUAAUAAAAUAAAUACGGUACUUUUUGCCUUUUGAGUUUUAAUUUUUAAUAAGUUUCUCAAACAUGUUUAUUUCUUUGCAGCUAUCACUUUAAGCAACCUCCCAGCAACAAACUCAAAGUUGAUAUGCAAAAACAGUGAUAUAAAACAUAACUCCACGCUGAAAGGAGGAAUCAAAGCCGGGAAUUUUACGGAUUUGGGGAAAAUCGCGGAAAUGUCAACAUGUAUUCGCAUGUGUUGUGGCAGAAAGGACUGUGAUGUAGCAUUUAUGUUAGAAGCGAACUGCUAUGCUGUGAAUUGUUAUAAUGAAGACUUAUGUCAGCCUGUGCUUGCCCGAAAGUCGGGUCUGCUGACAAAUUUGAGCCCUAAACUAUCUUAUAUAACAGCCAGAGAUGAAGAAGGUAUGUAGGACUUGAAAAUCUCCCGCGAAGGCUUACAGGAAACACCAAGCGUGUUGCCGACCUAUAUUCUUAUUUCCCGUGCAAACAACCUUAACUCGACCGUCGGAUCAAUUAAGGUUUCUGGGAUACUGCCCACCUACCCCUCCCCUAAGCCAAUAUCAGCAAUUGCUUCUCGCUUGGGGCAAAAUGUUGGCUUAGGGGAGGGGUGAGUUGGAAGUUGCCCACAAACCUAAAUUGAUCGGAUCAUUAUACGUCUCUGGGUAACUGACCACCUACCCAUCCCCUAAAUCAACAUUUUGCCCUAAGUAAGAAGUAAGUGUUAAUCUUGGUUUAGGGGAGGGGUAGGUUGUCAACCAGUCCCUCUUGGAGAUUAUUUCGUAAUAAUUUCUUACACCUAGAUCAAUUUUAAUUGGAAGCAAAAAGAAAGUGCCGUGUCGACAACCGGUGAUGUAAUAUCAUCCCACAUAGACAACGUUGUGUUAUGAUAUCACUUUAAAAAAAAACUGUGUCGAACAGACGUUAGAUGUAAGAAUAAAUAACACAAAUCUCUAUUAUCUUCACAGUUCUUCCUCAAAAGAUCGCAAUAGGAGACGGUAUGUCUUGCAGACCAAGUGUCAUUUCAUAUGACGUCACUCUGCGUGGUGGACUCUCCGCUGGCAAGUUUACGCCUAUAGGACAUGUGGACGGCAUGGAAGCGUGCGUGAACUUAUGCUGCAAGCGAAACACGUGCGAUAUCGCACUGAUGCUGCGAGAUUCGUGCUACUCAAUCACGUGCGCAAGUGAGGAGUUGUGUGAAGAGGUGCCGGCACCAUCGUCUGAUUUUUACCCCAGGCUGUCUUACGUCAGGAGAGACGUUGAAAGCCAGGCUAAAAAAGGUGAGGACGUUACUAAAAGGAGGAAACUGGGAACCGGGAACAGGGAUAAGGGAUCAUGCAACAAUUGGAUGAAGGGGCUAGCUUGUAACGGAAUUGUGGUGUUCCGUCGGUGUGGGAGAUUGAGAACCUGACGUUUGGGGCGCUAUCGUUUUAGAAUAAGAUUAUUAUAAAUUUUAUUUACUGGACAUCUUGUUAGGACCAGCUUUGUAUAAAUGCUGAUAGAUAUCUCCAGUAUGAAUAAAGCUUUUAUUAUUAUUAUUUUUAUUAUCUCUCCGUCAGAGCAAAUUAGGAGAUUAUGGGUUGUGUGUGGUUUCAUGUAGCGGAAGAUGGAGCGAAACCUUUCAAUCAGAUGGGUAAACGGAAAGUCUGUGUUAAACCCUUAUUUUUCGUUAGCAUGUCAUGUCUGCGUGGUUUAGUUUGCAGAGACAAAAGAGAGAUUUUAUGUCAUUUAGACUCGCUUUUACGCGGACGGACAACGUCAGAUUCAAGUUCAGAAUUUCUCAAAAGAGAAAAUAAACAAAUAAAAACAGUCCAAGACAAUUAUUAUAGGACAAAACUUACGUAAAACUACUAAUUUUGGGGUAGAAGAGUAAAGGGAAAACUUUGGCACGUGGUACAAAUUUACGUUUGUCUUUUGCUGUAAGCGGUACUCUAAAUCUCUCAAAUAGCUCAGGGUUUUGUACCCUGGGUAUCAAAGGUUUUUUCUCGCGUCCGACGAAGAGCUUCGUCGGCCACAGGCCGACUCGUCUUUGGCCGAAGGCCGAAGACACGAGCGGCGAAGCCGCGAGAAAAAGCAACCGCGCAUGAAAAGCCUCUGGCACCCAGGGUAACGGUGAACUAAUAAUUAACUAAGGAAAUACCAUAAGUUCUAGGGGAACUGAGCAAAGCUAUGGUGAUAGAAACGAAAAGUUCACUUAUCACACAUACCCUGGCCACAGCAUUUUUAGUGAAGACAUACUGAAAGUGAGUUUCUCGGUGAGACCCUGCCACCUCUAAGCUCUUCUUCCAAAAUGAUCGAAAAGCAAACUCGCAUAUAUCGUCCACCCAAAGUAUUAUUGUUGCUGUAGACGUGAAAAUAAUAAUAAUAAUAAUAAAAUAUCAGGAGAAUUAAACUUAAGAAAUAUGUUUUCCAUAGUACCUCCCUGAUUUUUUAAUUAGCAAUGUAUAUUGCAAGGACAAUCUUCAUGCCGAUCACUAUGAAGAUUAAUCCCUUUCGCUCUAAAGACAAAGCAACAUAGGGGUUAAGCCUGAGAUCUAUGCCCUUGACAACACUAUCUUUCUUUCAGAGCUCCUUCAAACCAAAGCUCAAACACAAGACGAGGUAAAUAGCACUACUGAAGAACAACUGGACACCAAAGAAGAGGGCUAUUGUACAAAUAGUGAAGUAAUGACUAACGUCACACUUCGUGGCGGGAUCGCUGCGGGACGCUUUCGGGAUCGCGGUAAAGUCCCCAGCAUCCAGGCAUGCGUUGAGAUUUGUUGCAUCUCAAAGACUUGUGACGUGGCAUUUCUACUUAAAAAUAAUUGUUUUUCUGUGACGUGUUUAAACGAAAGACAAUGCGAGGCUGUGAAAGCGCGAUCCUCCGUUUACCGUCCACAGCUUGUAUAUAUCUACGCCAGAACCAAAAGCCAAUUUAUCGUUGCUCCUGCUGAGACAAGUAAACGCUUGAAAGAAAGAGAAAAUCGAGACCAGUUGAGCAAAGGUAGUACCACAAAUUUUCUGCCAACGGCUGGAAUAUACAGAUUUGAGCCCCAAAUGCACAGAAAGGCAAUAAGAAGGAACACGAUCAAUCUUGGUUAAGAACUGUAUAAUACUUAGACUGCUUAUUUAAUUUUUUAUAUGAAUUGAGAUCAUUUAAACCUGUUGGAUGUCGUAAAGGAGACGGGGGGCGGAGGGAGAUUCUGGUAAACUUCCCACUCAGGCCUCCCGACCCCUAGACUAACAUUUACAGAGGAUCACCAAAACAUUAAUGUCUUCUUCCCUUCAUGCGCAAGUAACUGGAUAGUAACGAAGGCAAAACUUUAAACUAAAGUGGGCAACCUGGCGGGUCGGUUAUUUAAACGAAGGGGGAGAGGAUAUCCUUUCUUGAACGAUGUCUAACCUAUACCGCGGUGGACAAUAAGUAGCUUCCCACGCCGACGUUCUUAGGGCCUCGUCACGCGUUAUUUCCCCACGAACGUUGGGGAGGAUUGCGUGACGAGCCAAAAGAACCUGCAAGUGGGACGCUAGGCGAUCAGUAGAUUACGAGUAGUCCCUUAUAUUACUCAGGAAAAUCGUCCUCGAAGCUCUAAGGGUGGCUAGGUUAUGGCAACGAGAUAUUUAUGGGCGAGUUGGCCGCAAAGUUUAAAACAAUAGGAAAACACUUGGAGACUUACUUUUACUGAACCAGUUCCUGAAGCAUUUGAAUUACCUACUUCUGAUUGGACAGAAAAUAGCUACUGUCCGAUCAUAAGCAAGAAAUUCAAGUACUUCUAAAACUGGUCCGCUAGGAAUUAGUCCCCGUUUGUUCAUCCGUUAUAUUGUUGAAAACUUUGCCGGAAAGGAUUUUACCCGUGGAUAUUCCUUCCGGAUUAGUUUAAGUCUUCGAUGAUACAGGGAUACUAGGGCAGCGAAUGAACAUCGCUGACUGCCAAACUAGCAAUGAAACAGGGGGACUAUUUGUAGUCAAGAAAAUAAGUGGCGCUGUGGAUCUAUUUCAAUUUUUUUUUAGUUUGUGGGGAGCAGCGUUGCGUGACGACACUAAAAACGGGUGUGUAGCAGACUAGACUAUGAUAUUCUUAUCAUUUUUAGGGACAAUAGCCUAGAAUCUAUAAUUACGUAAUUGCUGGUUUCCACGUGACGUCACGACGGCCAUGUUGGUGGUCAAGAACAAAAGCAUUUCUCUACUCUUGAAACUAAAAUCUAUCUCCAUGUAAAUUCUUCUAGAAAAAAUUAUAUUGUGUUGACUUUGUCACGUGGUUGCAAACCAAGAAUUGAAAGGACACUGAACAAUACCAACACCACAACACAAGUGAACAAACAAUGGUUUCCUCAACACCCUGUAGUAAAUUUAACUUAGUAAUCUAUUCGACAACAUUCAUAUUCAUGCACAUUUGUAAUAAGGUAUAGGAAAAAAGAUUGAUCAGCGGACUAAGCCAAGCUGGGAUAGAUUGGCUUAGGGGAUGUUAGUAAUGUGACCCGCGCGAUUUUGGGUUUCGAGGGUGGGCCAUUCACCCCUGAGUGGCUCAGCUGAAAACUGAGCAAGAAUGAAUGAUUUCCACGCCAAAUCGGUAUUUAUCGUCACGGGCUACGUAAUCGCACGUAAAACUAUAUAUGACUAGUCAUGAAAAAACCUGUUAAUUGAGCGUGUGCAACUUUUCAUAUCAUUUUGAGUGUUGUGAAUAGUUAGGUAGUUCAUUUGCCACAAUUGCCAAGUUACAACGGUAAUAGGUCAGUCUCGAAUUCUGAAAAUUCAUACUUGGCUCCGAGGCUGACAAGGGGAAUACAAUAAAAGAAAUUAAUUACUCAUCCAUAGAUCUCAAUGCAGUUUCUUUUAUUUUAUACCCCUCAGCCUCGAAGGCAAGUAGGAAUAUAGGAGAAUUUUCAACGUUCGAAACUGGUCUGUUGGGCUUAAGUUGUUUCUAGCUGAGUAUUGAUGCGAGGAAACUAAACUCGGUGUCUCAUCGCAUAUUGCUUAUCUCUCAACGGAGCUCUAUGCAAGGACUUGAUUUACUAUCUCUAUAGUAAAAUUCCUAGUAGAAACAAAGAAAAAAGCAACAUUGCUGUUUCUAGGUUAGCAUUGUAGUGUUAGAGUGCACUGUAAGAAUUGUACGAAUGGGAGAGGAUAUUUUUAUAAAAAGAAAAACAACGUUUGAUACACUUUUGUAUAUAUGGAUAUUUAGAACAGAUUGUGGUUUUGUACGCAAAAAAAAAUGUAAUAAAAUCAAUUCAGAGCGUGGGUAUACUGUGCAUUUACAUUUUUCCUUUGUCAUCAUUCCUUGGAAACAGGAAUCGUUCGGUCUUUAGGAUUGGAUUGGUUUAUUGAACAAAUUAAAUGGCUCUUAGGGACUUGUCAGAAAUUAGCAGAGGGGGAGGGGGGGUGGAAACAGAGGGAGGGUCACAACUUUUUAAGAAAUUGAAAAAUGGGCCGUUUUAUGCAAAUGAUGUCCGUGAUCAUGUAGAGGUUCACCCACAGAAGAAAAAAAAGUUCUUUAUUUUGUAAAAAAAACCUGGGAGAAAUAGGGGAGUCGAGUGAUCAGCUGUCAGAAUCAGAGUCGGACUCUUAAUGCUGUCAUCUAAAAUGUAAGUAUAUGGCAUUACAAAGAACUGAUUAGAAAUAUAUUUUGAUCGUUCGUAAUACUGACUCACCCUAGUGUAUUGUAAGAACUAGAUUUUAUCAUUUAUACAAGACGGGGAGGGUCAUGAUAUUUUAGGCCAAGGUCAAGGGGAGGGUUAGCAAAUUUCACUUCCAUUGAAGGGAUGGGUCACCUCAUUUCCGAACCCAAAUUUAAAAUUCCCACCCCCCUCCCCCCCUGCUAAUUUCUGACAAGUCCCUUAGAAAGGAUGCUUUGGCGUGUUUGGAUAGACUAUCCAACACUCUUCCUUAUGCCUGAUAUGGCUUCCUAAUUUAUUGAUCAUUCUUGAAGAAGUUUAAAUCAAGGCUUAUGAAUAUCACAAAUUUAUGACUGAUCCAGGAGUUAGCUUUGCGAUCCGGGAUUUUAGAGUCAGAGGGACGAGCGAGGUCCAGAAAUAUAAUAAUCAACGGGAUACGGGAUUUAUGAAAUUUUACGAUGCGGGAUUCGGGAAAACUUGUUUUAAAGCGAGUCGAGAUCCGAUUGAUUAUAAAGUUAGUUGCACGUUCGGCUUAAAUGUUAAAAAUACUCCCUGUUUUGCUUGACCAAAAAUGCCACCAAAAAUAGCUUGUUUUUCUCCACCUCUUCACCACUAUAAACCCCAAUAUCCAAAUACAGAUUCUCCAGACUGAUCUCUCUACAUUUCCUUAAAGAAUUAGUUGAGAAAAUUUGUUUUCUGAUCAAAGCUUUCCCAUCAAGGCCCAGUUGUUCAAAGGCCUAUUAGCGCUCAACUCGGGGUUAAAUUUAACCCGGAUUUCUUUUUUUGUGUGUUCAAAAGCAUUUUCUCGGACAAUUUUCUGUGCUAUUUUUAGAGCUUCCAAUCAUCAACCUGUAGGCAAAAAGAAUUACAACUGGAAUCCUUUUUAAGCUUUCAAAUCUUAAUUCAAAGCUCGCACUAACCCUGGGUUAUCUUAACCCAGCUUUGAACAACUCGGCUCUUGUGAUCAUUUUAUCAAUUCCCACAACAUUUUCUCUUGAUUAUAUAUUGACAUUGCCAAGAGAAAUUUGACUUUAAUCACUCUUGGGACUUAAAGGGUUAGGAAACGUUGGAAUCAGGACUAGCCGCCCGAUAAAAAUCGUCCAAAUAACAGGGAGAGGCAAAGCUUUUGUGACAAAAUUGGAGAACUCUGCUGGCCGUGAUGGCUGUUAGGCUCAAGGUCGAUUUAGGACAGGAAUAUAGUUUAAAGCAAGAGAGAAUAAACUGGUCUUUUUAAUUUUUUUUUUUGAAGAGUUUUUGUCCUUAUCCGGAAGGCAAUGAUGUGAAACACUGAAAAGCCAAUAUAUUUAAAAAGCCGCGGUGUUCGUUUUCAAGCGAACAACCGCCCAGUCAAUAAAAUGUCACACAAUGAUUACUUUGGAUAAAGAAGAACAACAAAAAAAAAACUUAUUAGUUUGGACAGAGCUAUGUUGUGACGAUUUAACAUGCAACAUCUUAGGCAGAACAUUGACAGGGGAAUUUCUUUUUUUUUUUAAAGUUUUUGGGAGUUAAUCAGAGAUUACGCCCUUAAACAGUUCUAAUUAAAUAGGGCGGUCACCUGUUUGUAACCUGCUGAUAUUGUUUUCACUCAACGACAGGUCAUUCAAAACAACACUGUCUCCCUUUGCUUGUAAACGGCUGUGAUCACCAUGGUAACAAGCUUUUAAUGGCACGUGAUAAGGUCACCAGUCUGCGGAAAUACAAAGUUGGGUACUACAAAAGAAAAUAUUGGGUGGAUAUGGCCUUUUGUUGCAUAUGAAAUGAAUCGGACCACGUGCCGGGAUCGACCGAUGAUGCAUCGUGGUGAAACCUCACCCUAAACUCGGCUUUUUUCGCUAAAGUUGUCCUUUAAAGAUUGUAAAAUCCACAACGUUUAGAUAUCUAUCGAGGUGAUGGGCUUUGGAACAUCCCUUUUGGUUGUCGCUUUGCUGUUUAAGUUUUCUCGAGGUUUGACAGGUAAGUGUUUGGUAAAGUUGGCUUCUCGCGCUGGAAAAUAUAAAAAUUGCAACAAUUCAGUAACACUUCAAGAGUAGCAAACCAUUGCAUUCUACUCACCACUUUCCUAUUGCAACAGGAAAUGUUUCAUUUUCGAAACUUAAAGUAUAUCCAACCCUACCUAGCGAAGUGAAAAUGCGCAAUUCUGUGCACAGUGGCUAACAAACUCAAGGAUCGGAUAAUUGGAGCACUGAAGUGGAAUGGCCAGUCAAAACAUAAUUUAACAUAAUUUAAAGGGCAAAACGCACGGAGAGCGUUUUCAGAAAUGUUCAAUUGAUUAUGUUUUCUGUAGUCUUUAAGGCAUUUCUCAUUAAUGCAGUUGUCAUCGGAUAGGCGAGGCGGAUGCCAAGUGACGGCGGCGUAAAAUUUGCUUUCAAUAUUUACAACCUAGUGGCUAUUUAAUUCUUGGGAGCAAAAUGUCUCAUCCCGAUUCACACCAACAAAAGAAAUUGAAUCUAUACCUAGAGGUUAACAAAAUAAACAUCAGCGAGGGAAAACUGAAAUACGCGCCAGCAUUACAUAGGAUUCCAGACGAUUUUAACUCAUAAGACAUCUUAUAAAUGUGAAGUCAACUAACAUUAGUAUAUAAGCAGCUAUUUCAAAGGAAACAAUUUACCUAAACAACUCUUAAACAAGUUAAAGCUUUCUCGAGAAUUGGCCAUAGGAAUCUUGGGUUGGCAAAGGAUAAGACACUAUGUUGAAUUCGAUGAACAAUUAUGUCGCUAACUCGUUGGUAUUAUCGAUGCUUCAAGCAAGUGGAUAUUGUGUUGCGCGAGGCUUCAGGUUGCCGGCCUCUUAUUACUAUGAGCAAACUUAAGGUAGCCUGCUCUAAGAGGGACGGCUCAAAGCCGGUAAUUGAAAGGAAAAAAAUGGUAAAAUUUAAUUCGACAACAUAAAACAGCAAGAACAACAACAAUAGCUUCUUCUUUAUUUGCCCUUAUUAUUACAAAAGAUUACAAUUUUACCUUUGCAAAAAAAGUAACUACGGGUACUAGCAACCCGAAAUAAAAACACUAAGAAGUUCUCGCGGGCCCUUUUUUCAAGGGCCUAAGGCUUUUAAUUCACUUGACAACGAGGUCAUCAACUCUCAAUCUCCCUCCUCUUUUAAGAAAAAACUGAAGAUUAAAUUAUUGAAUAAAUAUGAAAACAGUUCAUAAAUCUUUCCACCUUCGACUUUUCGCCAUCUUUUCUUUAAUUGAUGUUAAACAGCUGUAACCCGUAGUUUGAGGAAGCCUAACCUCUCAUAAGCUCCUAUAGUUUCUGUUAGGUUCUUCGCCACUUCAUUUUUUUCUCUCUCUCUCUCUCUCUUUUCCUUUAUUUUUUGUAAUUAUUGUGUGGCAAAUAAAAUAAUAAAUAAACACAAGGUUAACAUCCAACUUGAGUUUUCUCCUAUUGCUUUUCAUAGCAAUACGUAAUCAGGAGAAACGUUAUGAGAUUUAGAAAAAAAACGGUCAUUAAAGGGAACUUACUCUGACCUGUUACAAAUUUUCUAAACUAAUUCUUUGAAGCCAAUGUAUGGAGAUCAGUGGGGAAUUUCUAUUUGGAUAUUGAGGGCUAAAAGGGGUUAGAAUGCCAGGCUGCCAGUAUAAUAGGCCACAUGUACGAAGAGGUCACGAGACCAAUGCUUCCUUUAAACAAUGAGUUGAAAUCUUGCUAAUGUUAAAAAUUGAUAGGGCACAUAAACAUUAUCUUACACCCGAAAUUUGAGAGGAAACGCAUUUAAGGGAGGUAUUUUAUGGAACUUUGAUUUUUUAACAACGUAGUAUAAUUUGUAUGGGUCGUUAUGUUGGAGGGCAUACAUAGCCGCCAAAACUACUUUUCGCUUAUAUCUUGUUAAACGUUUGAUAGUCACACUCGGAUGUACUGUAAACGUUACCACAUCAUCUUUUCAACAUUUUCCUUGAAGUUUAAGUGCAAAAUUUGUGUUCAGAAAGAGGUAAUUCAAAAUUUUAAAAAUCACAUUUUGGUCGCGUGACCAGCUACGAACUUACUCAUUUUAAGAAAAUGGUGCGGGUUGGAAAAACCAAAUCACUAUUAUUUUGUUUAAGAUAUGACCCACUAAUCGUUUUUCGAAGGCAAAAUCAUAUAACUUUCAUUUCCAUAAAAACGAUGUCACAUGACCCCUUAGUGCAAAUGGCCUAUGAAUGCAGAGCCUAAGACGAAGUCCAGUGCGCGGGCAAAGAAAGCGGUCGAACGAAUGAGUCAAUCAAAAAAAAAAUCACUCGAUGUCGAACUGGAGAUGAGACGAGAGCCUGAAUUGAAGCAAACUUCAAAAAAAUUCGUUACUUUUGAUAACUCGAGCAGUUUUGCAGUGUUUAGUCAGAGAAAUCUAUGCUCUUAGCUUCAUACAGCAGUUUAAACACAUAGUUAGCAAAUGCUAGAUAGUGCCUAAAGAAUAUUUUCUUGUUUUCAGAGGAGAGUCUCGAGUCGGAAAUCACAAAUGUGCGACCGCUGAAAUGCCCGCAUGGUCCAAUAUUGACCAAUGUCACUCUGACGCACGAGCUUCGCGCGGGAAAAUUUUCGCGCCUGGGAAUGGCAGAAGAUAUGGAGACUUGCAUUCAGAUGUGCUGUGACAAGGAUGAUUGUGAGAUGGCGUUCAUGCCUGGGAAACAUUGCUAUGGUGUGGACUGCUUCAGUCAGGAGCACUGCGAGAUUACGACAGUUAAACCCAGUAAUUUAACCGUGCAGAUUACCAAGGUGCGACCAAUAGUUGUAAAUCCAGCCAAGGAUCAAAUAGCAGGUAAUCUAUAGAACCAAGGAAAGAAAAGGGUAAAAAAUACAUUGUUUGUAAUGUAGUCUUUCGUCCCAUGUAAGGGAAGCCAAAACAGUCUUGGGGUCUGGAUUCCACGCCAUGGACUCCUGAUUUCAGAUACUUGAUUCCAGUCUCUAUUAGUGGAACUUGGAUUCUGAAUUCCAAUUGUUAGUGAGAUUCCGGGUUCCUUGAGCUCCAAAGCCUAAGAUUCCGGUUUCUAAAGCAAAAGUUUGCUGGAUUCCGGAUUCCAUCAGCGAAAAAUAUCCAGGAUUUCGGAUUCUUUGUCGAUGGAAGGUGGAUUCCGGAUUCUUUACGCCGUAUUCCGGUUUCCAAAGCCCAGGAUUCCGGAUUUCACAGCAAAACUUUUCUGGAUUCCGGAAUCUGGAUUCCCUUACAUUGGGCGAAAACAAGAAAAGAAAAGAGUACAACUGAAAAAAUGCAUUGUUUAAGCUCCUGUUUACAAGGCAUGGUGCCACACGGUCAAGUGACGAUUAAAUAUUCUUGGAAUGAAUCAUACCAUAUUUUUUUACCCAUGGUGCUUUGCUCGGAGCUCCUCUUAAACAUUCUUCACAUGUCAUUUGUUAUUAGUGUCUGUUGAGGACCCUUUAACUCAAGAGGAACUUCACUGUACCCAAAGCCCAAUACUAAAGAACGUGACACUGAGGGGAGGAAUAAAAGCGGGGAACUUCAGUGACCUGGGUGACGAGAAAAACAUGCACAUGUGCAUUGCUCUCUGCUGCGAGCGCAAGACGUGCGACCUGGCCUUCAUGAUAGGAGGUACAUGCAUCGCAGUGGACUGUUUUAGCGAGGAGCUAUGUCAGGCGGUGAAAGCGAGGCCGACCAUAUAUGACCCACAAAUAGCGUUUAUCAGACGUAGGGAGCUGCAAAGACCUAAUCCUACUCCUAAUCCAAGCCUUUCAAGAAAAGGUCGGUAUUACGCUACAUUUACACGGUACCGAAAGAAUUUUCGACCGGCUGAAUUGAAAAAUCUGACAGGACAAGAACCAGGUUGAAUUUAACUUAACUCAGUGGUUUUACCAUCUACCUAUGCACAGUGCGUUUCUUUAGUAAAUCCAACAUGGCGUCUCUCAGCUUAGUUACCACACACCCGUGGCACCCCGGCUUUGCCGUACAAAAAUUUAGACGGUCAUGUUUUGUUCACACCGCGCCGGAAAUAUUUUCGACCGUAGCCGCUAAAAAUUUAACCUCAACAAGGCGUUCAACGGACAGGCGUCUAAAUGUUCGUACGGUUAGGGUGGUUCUGUGCGAAAGAAAGGGUUGAACGCACGAAUUUUCAACCGGUCAAAAAUUGCUUUAACGCCACAUGAAUGUAUCCUUAGUCAGUAUCUCCUUACAGUUCGCUCGUAUAGUGAUGUAUCUCUCUGUUUUAUUGAAAGUGUAUUUAGAAACUUGAUUGUAGUUGCUCGCAAACAGGGACGCAUAGUGACCUGUACUUGCGAAAUUACUUAAGGUAAAUUAAAAGAAAAACAAAGCAAAAGAACAAAAGAUAAACAAGAAAAAGAAAAAAGGUGGGAUUGUAUAAUGCAACUCCUUUUUGACAUCUUCCAGAUAUUUUUUCGAAAGAAAAUACGCUGUUUUCCCCCGAUUUAGCCACAUGCGAAAGCCCUAACCUGCUAAAGACCAAGGGAGAUGUUUGCCCCACCACACUCAUAAGUAGGUCACCUGCGUGGAAACGAUUGGGAGACUGGGUCCAUCUCCUGAAAAUUUCUAGCGACUCCCCUGACAAACUGUAUGACUUAGACGUAAAAAUGUUCAGUGCCUUGAUUCUUUUAACCACUGAAAAAUCAUCAACUAUGGCACGAUGUUUUACUUGACAGCAAACGUCCUACCAACAGCGCCGAGUUCAGAAAUUCCUUCCAUGAAAAUCCACGAGAUAAUCAGCGACAAACUUCCCCACCCAACCAUCCUGAAAACAAGUACCUGCUCUGCCAGCAAAAUCUACCCGAACGUCACACUACUAGGAGGAAUUAAAUCCGGGAACUUCACAUCUCUUGGCAAGACUAAGAAUAUGCAGGAGUGCAUUGGCAGGUCAUGUGAUCUAGGUCGCGGUGACAUGGCCUUUAUGCUUGGAAGUUACUGUUAUUCUGUGUCUUGUUACAGCGAUCGAGUUUGUCAAACCAUUCCAGCACAGCCGUCCAAGUUCUACCCAAGGAUAGCCUUCCUGAAAUGGGCACCCAAAAUAACUGAGGAGGGUAAGGAACACGUUGUUUUUGAAAGUAAUUUAAUAGUAAGUAAGUUUGUUUCAUUUUGGCGGAAUAAAAGCUGAAGGAGGCAAACAAAGCAAACAGGAAAGUCAUGUCUUUGUUGGUGUCCCCCAGCCCUUACUAUUUUAAAAAAUCGAAAGCACCCUAUUGCGACGUAACAAACUUUACAAGAAAUGUAUAAAAUUGUCACAAAUAACUUUUUCUGUCGGUCUGUAGUCAGGCUAACUCUUGCUUAUUACCUUCAAAAUUCACAUUCAUAAAUUCAAUUAAGUACCUGACCAAUCUUCAAGGGAUACAUAGAGCCGUUUGGAGUUUCAUUGCAAUAGGGGGAGAAAGUAAAAGCGCCUCUAUUUGCAUGUUUAUACACAAACGCGCAUGUUAAUAAUAAUAAUAUUAAUAAUAAUAAUAAUAAUAAUAAUAAUAACAAUAAUAAUAAUGGAAUUUAUAUAGUGCUAUUUUAUCUUUUAAAUUUAAAAUCAGAACUUCUUGAAGACGAAGCUGAGUAUACAUCAAUUCCCAAAUGCACCCGAAGCCACAUUCUGUACAACCAUACCUUAUUAGGAGGUCUAAGGGCGGGAAACUUCACGCAGAUCGCGGAGGUAGAUAGCAUCGAAACAUGCGCAGCCUUGUGCUGUGCAGAACAGACAUGCGACCUGGCCUUGGUGUUGGGAGAUAACUGCUACGCAGGGGACUGUGCGAGUAAGGAGCUAUGUAUCCCUGUUCCUGUUUACUAUACAAGCAAAAGAGGCUCGCAAAUUGCUUAUAUUACGUCUAGGAAGAAAGUGGAGGACCAAGGGACAGGUAUGUAAAAAAGACUAACAACAACUAACAAUGACAACACUUUACUAAAUAUACACACCAUCCUGAUUUGAAAUACUUAAGACUACUUACUUCCGUUAAACGCCUGUUAGGCGAGGAGAGCCCAAAAUUCAAUUUCCCCUCCAUAAGGUGUAGGACUUCCUCUUGCAGCUCUCACGGCUGUGGGGCACCCAUGUUAUCAUUACUAUACUUACUUCCGUUAAACGCCUGUUAGGCGAGGAGAGCCCAAAAUUCAAUUUCCCCUCCAUAAGGUGUAGGACUUCCUCUUGCAGCUCUCACGGCUGUGGGGCACCCAUGUUAUCAUUACUAUAAACAUGUCCAGAUAGUGCAACUUUUCUAUUCCGUAUGGCAGUGGUCGCCUAUUUCUAACUAACUACAAUAUAGCUCACUAUUUGUAACUUUGAUUUGAUCUCUGAUAAAAGCAGAAAUUUUAAUGGAAUUUAAACUGAAUCUUUUGAGACCCAACCCUUUUUUCUGAAUUUGUUUCAGACUGGAGUUUAUGGUACAUCAUAGUAGGAUCUAUCGCUAUUGGAAUUGGUAUAACAGGAAUCAUGUGGACCGUCUGUACCUGCUGGCAUAGGUAACAACAACUUUAGGUAGUCUGUGGUCUUCUUUUUUCCAUCAACCGUUCCCGCUUGAGUCACCUAUUUAAAAGCCCAAGGCAAGUUACUCUUCUUCAUUUAGCCUGCGAACAAGCUGUCCUAUAGAGCGUUUUCACUCACGUGGCAAGCAACUAUGCUAAUUUAUUGGAACAAAAGAAAGUUUUUACAUAAGAGAAGCGUUCAACUCCCACAAGAUUGUCUUGGCACACCAAUUUGGCCGCCGUUCCAUUGUUUGGGAACACCAAUAUGGCGGCCGUGACGUCAUGUGAAAACGCUCUAUUUGGGCGAGGGAAGCAAGCGGCGCGAGACCGCACGAGCGAGCGGUUUCGCGUCGCCUCUCGCGUGCCUCCCUCGCGUCCACUUUUCACGAUAUCCCCCAAAUGAAGAGCUUGCUCGCAGGCUGUUCUUCAUUUUUCUACUCUACCAUAUUUUGUCCUUAUAUACAGCUGCAGUUUCCCUUGAUGCCACUGAGGUUCUUAUUGGCUGACUAAGUGAUCUGGUGUGGUCUAAAUUUUAUUAAUUACAGACCGCCAACAACAGACAAAUCGAUCCGGUAAAGAUCGUACGCAAAAGAAGACAGCAAGAAAAAAAACGGGAGACAAAGAAUUGUUUCCGAUCUUUCUCGGGUUUUCACUUAGGUAAUUGAAAGUUAUUGAAUGAGGCUUAGUAUGAUGUAAAAAUUAUGCAAAUUGCCAGGCCGGAAAUAAGGAAAUAAGAUGGCUAUUUUAUAUUGGGGCAAUAACUCAUCGUAUCGGUUGAAUAUUGACUACAUCUUCUUCAUUUGGAAUUUAUUGUAGAGGUAGGCGCCUGAAAUCCAAGGAUGAACCUAGCGAUCGUUUCACCAUGAUAAACGAUUGCGGAGAUUCACCUAAAGGGUUAGAAAUGCUACCGCAAGGGUGGAAUUUACAACAGUUUGGACAACAGUUCAACGAGCCAGGUAUUUUUAAUCAACUAAAUCUCAACUGACUUUUUUCAUAGUCGACUCUUUAGUAUAUAAGGUUGCAGAACAGUGUUAAAACGUAAACUAGGGCGUCUUUUAUAUGGAGUAUUGUUCCCGGGAAAGAGGGUUACCCUCCUAGCCGAGUCAACUUUAGCCAUGUUUAUCGAGCGUUUAUAUGAAAAAACGCAGACUCUUUGCCUAAGCCAAGAGCUAACAACAGCGCUCGCGCAUCCUCUGAUUGUCUGGCCUUGACCGAGUUGACCCGGCUGGGCGAGCCAAAGUGCUUUUAUCAUAUGAACCGUAGGGCCCUGCGUGCAAUUUCGUUGGUAAACCAUAUGAAAGAGAAAACUCCCCUACGCGUACGGUACUUACUAGAAAAACGUGCUGAGUGAUGCGGGUUCGCUCUGUCAAACCUCGAGCCAAAUAUUUUCCCGUCCGACCCUCCCACUCAGUCAAUAAGCACAUAAAAGGGAGGAAGAGAAAAGUUGACCCGGCUAGGAGGGUGAUCUUGCCAUCGGAAAAGGGUGACCCGUCACCCUUUUUUUUUUUGCAUCUCAAGUAAACGGUUCGCCAAGUUUUGUAUGGAGAUGAAGGAAACGUUGGCUCGCUCAGGGUAGCUCGGGUAUGUGAGUGACCCUUCUACCUGGACAAGUUUUCUCUAUACACAGGGCCUUGGAGUUUCUAGCCCCGAGGUGGAUGUGAUUUAGAAAUAAGGAAAGACGAACUACGCAAGAAACAGUCCAUGUACAGCGAAUACCACUGACUAAACUCUUUAAUAUUCUCUUGGUUUUCCUCUUUUCCUAUUUCAGGAAAGUUCUUGAAGAACGGACCAAUGUUUUUAAGCGACACAGAGAGUGACUCGGAUGAUCACGAGGAGACAACGGCCCCGCCUAAAAGUAAAAUUCCCAUCAGAGCUCCACAGUCCCUCAAAAAGACCCUUAGCUACAGUGGGCCUCCCCCGCCUUAUACCGUAGAAAAAAAUGACGGACCAAGCGUUAUAAGCUUGAAUUCCAAAGCGAGAACAGCCAUGCAGAAUUUAUGAACCUCCUGAUCCAUUGUCUUGAACCAUUCCUAAUAUCAUGUAAUAUGCAUGGUACUGUCACGAGACAUGGAGGAAACUCACCAAAGAUCUUUUCCAACCGAUGAAACGUCACUAUGCCAAAUGUUCCUCACGUUUUGUUGAGAAGUGCUUACUAGGAAGUGCGAUGAAACUAUUAACGAAGGUAAUAAAAACAAAUCCAACUCGAAAAGAUUUGGCUAACUUUUUCAAGUUGUGCCGUUGUGUCUUGGGAAAAGUGCUAAAAAUAAUCUACCUUUUUAUCACUUUUUUGUGCUGAUGAGGC